AUGGGGGGUGGGGUGGAGUCUGGGGGGGCGUUGCCCCGGGAGACAGGUCCCCGUCUGCUGCGGAUGAAGCGCCUGCUAGCCAUUGGCCAGACCACCGAUCAGGACCAGCAGGGUCUGGUGAAUACCUCCACCACCAGGCCCAUCAAAGGUACUGACCAACUGACUGACACUGGGUAGGAGGAGCCCACUCUCUUAAAAUGACUCACCUGUACUUAUCUAGGCUACAGAGAGAUUUGCAUUCAUGUUUAACGAGGACCUCUGUUGACAACACUCAAUCAAGUUGCUGAAUUAUUUGUGCGACUGUGUCAAAUACUAAAGUGAAACGUUAAGCCCAUAAAAUGUAUAAUGCUCUCCACUGGUAGUAGCUAGUAUCAUCUUGACCUAGUACAAGGUAAACCAUAACGUCAUCCGCUACAAUAACUUUCUAACGUGUGAUACCAAUGAGACAUGAUCACAUGAAUGAAUCCCAGUAAUAUAGUGUUAGAGGGUGGAGGGUUUGUACUGUCACAUCAGUACUUCUGGUAAAGUAAAGCUACAUGUCUUGUGUGUGAAAGAGUUAACAUUAGUGCAGUAGUAGUGAGUGAUCUGGGACAUUGACACUUAAGGCUGGUAAUUGCCAGGGACUUCACAAUACGUUAUCACGAUACUCAGGUGCCGAUACAAUAUGUAUUGCGAUUCUCACGAUUCUAUAUGUAUUGCGAUUCUCACGAUUCUAUAUGUAUUGCGAUUCUCACGAUUCUAUAUGUAUUGCAAUUCUCAUGAUUCUAUAUGUAUUGCGAUUCAAUACUGUGACUUUAUUGUGAUUCGAUGCUCCAAACAUAUUUCUCAGCAUAUGUCUGCUGCAGAGGGACAAGAGAGAGCCAUGAGAAAAUGGGUUUUGAUCAGUCAUGGAAAUAAAAGUGCUGAAAACAAAUUGGCUACCUAUUUAAAUAUUAAGAUGGAGAACAAGCUAUGAAGGAAAGAGUUUUGGUGCAGGUACAGCCAAUUAGUGCAAAAAUAACAUUGCGAUGUUGUCAAUACGAUACAAUAGUAAUUGCUCCUGUAAGUCGCUCUGGAUAAGAGUGUCUGCUAAAUGAAAAAAAAAAAAAAAAAAAAAAAUAGAUAGUCAAAUAAUAUCCUGAUAUGUAACUGUAUAGAUUUUUCUUCACUAUUGACUCUCCACAUACGCAGCAUGCUCUCACAUGCGCACACACACACACACCGCUAUUACAGGCUGAGAGCUCUGUUUGAAAGGCACAGUGAAAGUGAACAUGAAAGUUAACAGGAGGGUGAAAUAUGCUAUCACAAAGUUGCUGAGGGGUGUUGUACAUGCUGAAACGGAACUUGAGUUGCUGGUUGGGAGUUUUUUGCUUGAAGGUAGUACACGUUACCAUUGAUCUAUGGUAGGGGAGUUGUUGCUUCAGUGUUAUGUCUUGGAAUAGGCAUUUUAGAAUGUUUUUGUUUCUCAAGGGCCAUCAAAUAAAUGUUCACAAAAAUACUUUACUAUUGGGUUGAAAAUGGAGGACCAGACUAAUCUCAGUUGAUAGUCAGAGCUCAACAGGCAACUCGUUACGUGUGUGUGUUUGCGCGCCUGCAUGUGUGCCAGCCGGUUUCCAUCGUCAGCAGGGGGAUAACUCGUCAGUCUAUCAUUUUACAUUUUAGUCAUUUAGCAGACGCUCUUAUCCAGAGCGACUUACAGUUAGUGAGUGCAUAUAUUUUUUCAUACUGGUCCCCUGUGGGAAAUGAACCCACAACCCUGGCGUUGCAAGCUCCAUGCUCUACCAACUGAGCUACACGGGCAUGGCUUUGUCCUCGGCCUUGCCUGUCAUAACAGGCUCGCUCUCCGUUUGCUAGUCCCUGAAACAUGGCUGAACCAACUAACCAACCAACGCUCCCUCUGAAAGAGCUUUACAGCUAGUCCACACUGACAGCCUGCUACACCUUAAUACAGUGCCACACUGCAUUACCUUCACAGACACACCAAUUUUGACCCCAGGUUGAGAGAUCGCUUACAUGUCUACGAGACGACACAAAAGCUAAUUACUGUAGCAGCAGUAGCAAGACGGGGUGAAAGUAUUAGUGUCUUACUCUGACUGAACUCCACACUGUUAAUAUUGACAUCCCUAAUGUAGUACAAUGAGAUGGCUCUAUUCAGGUUAGAUUUGACAUACGCUGAGUUGCACAGAAACGUAUCCAUGCCAAGAGCACGGUGGAACAUGAUUGGGUAGCACUUUACCUGGUUGAAAGUUACCCCCCUUCCCUGCUCCGGGGCUUUCCUGUGUGGAACACGUGGGUGGCCCAGAUGAACACCUCUCCCAAAUUAUGGCUCUGAGAAGAAACCCUGAAUAAAACAUUUCAUUCUACUCAACCAGGACACUGCCUUCCGCUGUAUUAGACAAGAACACAGUCCUUUGAUGUUGAUGAAGGUGGUAAUGUUGCGUGUAAUGUUGAAGGGGUGCGUGAUGACUACUGUAGUUUGUGGUGUAGCUUAAAGAAUUAAAGUGACAUUUUUAAAGCUGCUCUUUCUGCAGUUUGGGACAGGUCCUGCCUCACACCCUUUCCACAUGAUUCAGUGCCACGCCCUCAGGAUCUCAUCUUGUCUGCCAUGGCCUGCCCUGCCUGCGUUGACUUUUGAGGGGGUGCUCUCUCUCUUUCGUUUGUAAUUAAAGCACACAAUGACAUCACCCCAGUGGUGGAUGUGAGUUCAGCUGAUUUUCAGAGCAUGAUUUGAUUGAGACGUAUUUGGUUAAAGGGCGCCGCAGGUUUUCCUCUGAACAUAGGGUGUGAAUGUGACUAAACACGGGUGUGUGCAUGUGGGGUAAUUUUGUAUGUGGAGACAUAUGUGACGUGAAUAGUUAGGUAUGGGCUUAUUAGCUGACUUUUUGUACACCGUUUGUAGCCUAACUUUGGUAUCUGGGCAAUUCCACAGUAACGGAAUUACGCUUUGACAUUAGAUUUUUUACUUAAAAAUGUAUGCCAAACAAAAAGCGUUGAUUUCAAAGUUUAACAAACCAUACAACUCUAUGCACAAGGACUACUUUAAACAAUUUACACAGAAAAUGUCACAAACACAUUUACUGGAAGAACUGUGUAGAUGAAAAGUUUGGUAACAGAAUUACGGUAAAAUCUUUUUUUUUUUUUUUAUGCGACCACGUUUUCCAAAAUCUCUUGACUCUUAAACUGUUAAAUAUCUGCUCCAUAUUGAGGUUCAAAGCUGUCUGCAGAAAGAAUGUGGUGUCAGCUAUAACAUGACACCUUGAGUUUGAUUUGUUUUAUUUUGGUUAUUGAACUACAGCGGGUGAAGUGGAUUUACAUCAGGUAACAGAAUUACGGUAACAUAAUUACAUCGUGGGUCCUUUGAGGUGUACUAUACAAAAAUUAAUAAUUAUGGAUAUGAAUGUAAUUCUCUUAAUGAUGAUCUAUCCCAAGUAGGUACACAAAGGUAGAAAUAUGCAAUAUCCUUUUUUUGGUUGCAUACUUGGGUAUUAUUCUACACACUGGCUGUUAUUGUAAUGAGCUCCGCCCCCAAAGAACAACACAUUUUGGUUGGUCCGGACCAGACCAAAGCUGAAACAAUAAUAGACAUCUGUUUCACAGGUUUGGACAGCACAGUACAGUAAAGUAGAUAUGUACAGUACAUUAUACUGUACUCUACUCUAGUGUGCUACUGAACUCUACUGUAAUGUUCUUUACUUGACUGUUUUGUAUUACAUUUCCAUUUUAGUCAUUUAGCAGACACUCUUAUCCAGAGCGACUUACAGUUAGUGAGUGCAUACAUUUUCAUACUGGCCCCCCGUGGGAAACGAACCCACAACCCUGGCGUUGCAAGCGCCAUGCUCUACCAACUGAUCUACAGGGGACUACAGUAUUGUACUGUUCUCUACUCUGCUGUCAACUUGCGAAACAUAGACUUCUAAUUGUCUAUGAUUUAGUCAGAUUUGGUCCGUCCAGGGCGGACUGACCAAAUUUCAACUACUUCUCAACGUCCAUGGAUGUCCGGUGUCUGGGUGAGGAUGCUUGUUACAGUAAAUGGAAAGAGGGUAGGUGGUAGGUGUCAGUAAGAACGGGGAGAAGUGACACAAAACUGUAGAGGAGAGAGGAGGAGUGAGGGGUUGUCCAGACUGUUUUUUUUGUUUGUUUGUUUUGUUGUUGUGGUAAUUUCGUUACUGAUUUGGUAAUGAAAAAGGUACAUUUCCUGAAGAAAAUGUGUGGUCUUGCUUCAGCUGAAAAAAAUUAUUUGUAGCCUACCAUAGCCAUUUGUUCUUUGAAAUAAUUUGCUCAUUCAAUAUAUCAAAAGGCAUAAAACGUAUUUGGUUGUAAUGUUGCACAGUUAGACAUCAAGGGUGGUCAACCAUCCUCCAGGAGAGCUAAUGGGUGUGCAGGCUUUUAUUCCAGUCCUCUAACAAACCACAUUUGAGAAAUUAGCUGCUUAAUCGGACCUUGAUAAACUGUCUCCUGAUGUGUUUGAGCAGGACUUGAUCAAAAGCCUGCACACACAGUAGCUCUCCUGACUGAGGGUUGUCCACAUGCGUUUUAUACAGUUACCUAACAGCUAUUUUACUUUGGGGGGGGGGGGGGGGGGGGGGGGGUUAAGUGCCUUGCACAAUGACAGGAAAUGGUACAAAGGAUCAGAGAGCAGCCUCCCAGUGUCAAUUCCACAUUACGCUUACUUUUUUAUACGUACAUGGAGACGCUGCCAAUUGUUGGUCAUGGAAAUGUGGUUAAAAGUCAUGGAGAAGCAAUGGAAGUCAUGAAAUUCCAUCUGUCAAAAUGUGUCUGAACCCUGUAGAUGGACAUGCCCAUCUACUAUCUGUGACUUAACUUCAGCAUGAAAAAAAUUAUUAUGGGAAAACUGUAUCAUAGCAGAGGGGACAAAUGUUCUAUGAAUCACUUGGAACUCUCACAGACUCCCAAAUAACUCACCCAUCACAUGCUCGACAAUGGAAAACAUAAAGCAUAUCGAAGCUAGUGCCUAUGAAAAUGGGGCUAUGAUAAAUUAAAUUGACUUAGCCAGGGGCUAUGUGUGUUUAAGAUGAGGUUUAGUUCUUAAUUGGCUGGCUGGCAGCAACUCUCUGCUAGUAAUUGUAGGGAGGAACUCAGUGUGCUGGGGUGGGGUGACCUUAAAGUGGCUCUCCCCUGACUCUGCUCUGUGCAUUUGAUAGUCAAAUGGGUCAGGGAUUGAAUUACAGCUCCUAUCGAUUGUUGUUCUUUCCCACCCCCACUUUGUGCAGAACGCUAUGGACAGGAAAUGCAUCCUCCAUCCUCACUGUGGCCUCAUUAGAGCCAGUCAGGAUGGCCAACUGUCAAUCAGCUGCUGUCAGGGCAUCACUCCACCUACUGAACACUGUGAGCCUGCCUCUACCUGGACUGCCAUGGUCUUUUUCAAUUGAGCCUUGAGCACUAGUACAGAUAGGCCUGUCAUCAAAGUCGAUUGCUAAAAUGUGAAUUUCAAGCGAUGCAUAGCUUAGUUCCAUUGUUGACAUUCUUGCUCGGGGCCCAAUGCUCUUUGAUUAUGUCCUGUUCUGCGUUGGACAGUUUACUGUUUGAUCUAACCUGAGAGAGCUGAUCCUGUUGUAUGUUGUACUGCAUUCCUGAAGGAAUGAAUAGUGUUUAUUCUAAACAGAGAUCUCAGAAAUGAGCCGUGGGUGUGAGAGAGAGAGUCCACAUGAUCAGGUGUGUUAGGAGUUUGGUUGAGGAACAUUGCUUCUGAGAGAGAAACUGAGUUGCAGCAGAGCGUAGUAUGUUGGUGUUUGGACCGAUGCCACACAAUGGCACAGCCACAUGCGGUCAAUCAUGGUCAGCAAUGCACAAAAACUCUCCUUCCUACUGUAGGCCUAUUUGUUUAAAUGGCAAAGUAAUUCAGUGCACUUUACUCCUCCUUCCAUCGUAAGGCUCCCAAAUGCCUGGUAAGUAUACUGCAGAGUAGGGCAAGCAGGGUGUGACAAGCAGGCCUUUGUGGAGUGUUUGUUUACAAUGCAGAGCCCUGCUUGGUUUUGCAUAACUUGUGUUCUGUUGUGAGAGACUGAGAAAGAAGAGCUAUGAACUGAGAAAAACAAAGAGAUGUUUUGUUAGUGUUAAUCUGUUCUUUCUGGAAUGUUUUGUGAACAAAAUUAAUCCUGUGUAUGACCACAUCAGUUGAUGUCAUGUGGCUCGCUUUCAGUCUGCAGGCAGGGUUUAAAAGGAGACACAAACACACACUGGGCGUUUGUCGCCAAUGGUUUGUUUGUGUCUGAUGGCAGUUGCUGGACAAAAACUAUGAUGUAAUCCUAUGACUUCUAUGGGUGUGUCAGUUUGUUGUUGAUCCAAACAGAUCCUACUACCCAUCAUGCCAUGCUCUUUGUGGGUGAGGGCAGCAGCUACAGUGGGUGGCAGUGUGCCAUGUUCUGUGCCCCAGACAGGUGAAAUGGCCCAAUAUGGAGCAGCAUUCUCUGGACAGCAUAGCUACGAGUGUUGCACGGUAUACCGGUACCAUCGUAAAAUCACGGCACCAAAACCUCUGAUACUUAUUAUACCAACAUUUUAGAAUACAGUAGUACCUAGGGCUGGGAAUUGCCAGGGACCUCACAAUACAAUAUUAUCACGAUACUUAGGUGCCGAUACGAUAUGCGAUUCUCAUGAUUCUAUAUGUAAGACGCUAGGCCACUCAGAAUUUCCCCCCUGCGUUAUUGGGAUACUUGAUACUUGGCCUGGUAUCUUAUUGUUAGUAUAAUGUUGGUAUAAUGACAACACUAAUAGCUACAUUGUGUGUUUGGUGUUUGGGUGUGUGUGCAAAAUCAAUUUUUAUAGGUGGACAUUUUUUUAGGUGUAUUUUUUGAAAAAGGUGCUGAAUGGAGUUUGAAUAGAAUUUUUGGUUUUAUGCUGUGUGUGUGUGUGUGUGCGUGUCAACCUCAUUCCUCCUUAUUCUUUCUUCCAGUUCCUCCCCCCUCUCUUACUCUCUUUCUCUCUCGUUCUUCCUCUCCCUCAUACUGCAGUCGGGGAUGACGCAUCAGUAUUGCUGUGGAGAGAACAGGAAGUGUAGUUUUGAUAGGCCAGUAGAGAGGGAGCGCAGCAGCAGCUCUAAUGACAUGUGUUAGCAGCGCUGGACCAUAUCCAGGGAACACUCGCAGCAUUUUGAUGACAUCACCUCCACCCCAGCCCCCCUCACCCAGCUAUUGAAGAGAAAGCGUCAGCAAGCAUCAGUGAGCGAACAAGAGCUAGUUAGUGAGGGGAGGGGUUGUCCGCCAGCCAAUGGAGAGGGAGAGAGAAGCGGAGGGAGAUAGUCAACAGUGCUAGCUGUAGCAGGGUAGGACUCGACACACAGGAAGAGAAGAGGGAAUAUCACUGCUCCGCCGAGUCAAGAGUCCUUCUUCCGCGUGCCGCUCCGCUGCCAUUCCUCCCUCUCACACCGGGAGGAAAGUUUUCCUGCGGUAUUCAUUCACCUCCGUGUUGUGUCAGUGCUGGGAGCGGGAUGAGGGACUCAGUGGAUUGGCUCGCGAGCGGGCGUUUGGAUGGAAUGCAGCUCUAAGGAUCCUCACGCUCUCUAUCCGUGUCUCUGGGUGGUUUUACUCUCCACUGAACCCAGCUAACAGUCUGACACUUCCCCAUGGGCCUCUCUGCACACAGCGGCUGACUGGUGUGUCUGUUCUAUUGUUCACCAUGACUCCUAUAUCCAGCUCCUCUGGAGGGUAGAACUGGGCUUCUAACUCAGGAGGAGAGGUGUGUGUGUUUUGGGAAAGAGGUGUGUAUUUUUGGGGUACCCACAACCCUCAGUGGCAUCAUGCUGAGCCUGCAGGAUUCGCUCUUCUUUGAGAUCAGCAUCAAGUCUCUGCUCAAGUCGUGGAGCGGCAGCUGUGAGUAUCCUUGUAACAGAGCCCCCCCGCUGAGGCUAGCAGACCAGCACAUGAUGUUUUACGUGCCACACCUGGCUAAGAACACGCUUAUGUACCUCACACAUCACACUCUCCUGUAUUUACACACGACACGCUACAUGAAUGAUACCCAUUAAGACUGCUUGUUCUCUUGGAUGGCCACACAAUGCUUUAAUCGGAGCAGAAAGGAGGAAGUAGUGAAGGGUCUAGGUGUGCCUGUCCGGUGUAGUUUGAUCUAUGUGCAGGUAGGAGAGGAGUGAGCUGUCUCUUUAGCUCCUCACCUCUCUACUGGUUGGCUGCUCUUUGUCCCCGCGGGGACUGGUUUUUGCACUAUGAUGAGCAUUGGUGCGGAGAUACAGACGCUGGAUAUUACAAACCGACAGGAAGUACGUUCAUCAAUGAGGGCACGAAGGUGCUUUUUAUGAGGGUAUGGUUAGGAAAAAGAAAAAAUUUAAGUAAUAUAGGUUUAAUUAUAUCUAAGGUGUUAUAUGAUAUAUAUAGGUUAUAUAUAUCAUAUAGGGGUAUAUAUUCUCUCUUACUGGGAAGUAUUACAUAUUGUCAUUAGGUAUAUCUGGUAAAAAAUCUGUUGUUCUAGGUAUAUAAUAUGAUGUACGCGUUAUAUAUAAUGUUUUUGUUCUAGGUUAUAGAUAUAUGUGUAUAGGUAUAUAUCUAUGUGUUAUAGGCUUUCUAUAUAUCUGUGUAGAUAUGUAAAUAUUAUAUCUAUUGUUAUAUACAUAUAUAUUGUAAAUAUAUAUAUAUCUAUAUCGUGGUCACAAGGGCUUUCAAUAUAGUGUUGGUCGCGAUAUCUAUAUAUCGUAGAUGUCGUGUAUCUCGGUGUUUUUGUUGUUUAGUGUUGGGUUAUGUAUAUAGGUUGUUUUUUUCUGUGUCAUGUCUCUCGGUCGUUCUGGGUUUUUUGUUGUCUCUGUUCGUGUAUUAGGUGUGUCGUUCUUCGGUUUUUUUUGGUUAGCUGUAGUAUUAUCGUGUUUGCUGUAUGUAUAUAGGUGUGGUUGUAUGGUUAUAUAGGUGGUUUUGUUUGUAUGUUGUAAUAGGUGUUGUUUGUGAUUGUUUGUAUGUAGGUCUUAGGGAGUGUUGAUCUGUCUCCGUGUUGCGUUGUUUUUUGUUUGUGUGCGGUAUUUGUUGUCCUGUCUUCUUCGGUGUGUGUGUUUGGUUGUGUGUUUUGUUUGUGUUAUCCGGUUGUUUGUGUGUGUAUGUCUCUCGGUUGAAUUGUCUGUGUUUUGUGUCUGUGUAUGUAUAUAGGGAGAUGGUGUUGUAUGAUCUAUCGGUGUGUUGUUGUGUGUUAAUUAAUAUUAUAGGGGAUUGUAGGGUUUUGUGUAUAAUAACAGGUGUUGUGUGGUGUGUGAUAUCAUAUAGGUGUGUCGGGUUUGUGUGUCGUAUAAUAUUAUAGGGUGUGUGUGUGUGUGUAUAUAUUAGGUGUAUGGUGUGUGGUAUCUAUAUAUGUGUGUGGUUUGUUGAUUGUCGUCUCUAUAUAGGUGAGAAGUUUUGCUUCGUGUAUUGUGUGUUGUGUUGUUUGUGUCUAUAUAAGGUUAUUGUGUGUGUGUGUGUCUAUAUAUAGGUGUGGAGUGUGUGUAAUCAUAGGUCGUGUGUGUGUGUCUGUGUGUAUCCUCUUCUAGGUUUGGGGUGUGUCGAUGUUUGUGUGUGUAUAUAUACAGGUGUGUGUGUGGUGGGUGUCUCUUAUGUUGUGUGUUUGUAUUUAGAUAUCUCUGUGUGUGUGUUGUUUUUGUAUAGAUAGGUGGGUGUUGUGUGUUGUUGUAGCUCUCUCUUGUGUCGUGUAUCUAUAUAUAGGUGUGGUGUCUCGCUAUCUAGGUGGUGUGUGUCUAUCUCUUCUGGUGUGGGUCGCUCUCUCUAUGUGGGUGGUCUCUCUCUCUCCUAUAUGUGUGGAGAUCUAGCGCAUCUAGCGGUAGCUGUGUCUAUCUAUGGGAUAUGGGUUUGUGGUUGUUCACUAGAGAAAGAGAGAGAGGAGGAGGGAAAGCAUAGAGAGAGGAGUAAGAGAGAGGAGAGACAGAGAGGAGGAAGGAGAGAGUAAUAUCUGAUAUAGAGAGAGAUAUUCGGGUAUAGGUAUUAGGGUUAGAUAUAUAGGGAGUUAGAUACUAAGUAUUGAUAGAUAUGGAUCUAUAGAUAGAGAGAGAGGAGGAGAGAGAGAGAGAGAGAGAGCGUGAUCAUUAUAUAUAUAUAUAUAAUAUGAGCAAUAUAUCUAUAAAUAAGGAGGUAGAUAUUUUAGUAUAUAUAUGCUAUACUAUAUAUAUGUACUAGAAUUAUGUAGCUGUGUGUGUUUAUAUUAUGUAUAUGUGUUGUUGUAUAGAUAUAUAUGAUGAUGAGAGAGAUGAGAGAUACUAGAGAUAUAUAGAGAGUAGGUAUAUAUAUAUAUCUAAUAUAUAUAUAUAUAUAUAUAUAUAGAUGGCGUUAUCUUAUUAUGAUAAUAUAUUAUCUAUAGAUCUAUAUUAUUAUAUUAUAUAUGUGUUUUGGUCUAUCUAUAUAUCUAUUGUGUGUUGUAUAUAUAUCUAUGUGAGUGUAUUACUGUUUUGUUGUGUUAUGUAUAUAUAUAUAUAUAUAUAUAUGAUAUCUAUAUUACUAUAUAUAUAUCUUAUAUAUAUAUAUAUGUGUGGGUUGUUUGUAUAUCUCUACUAGAUAUAUCUCUCUCUAUAUAUCUGUGGUGUUUGUUGUAUAUAUCUAUAUGUGUGGGUAUGUUAUAUACUAUAUAUCUAUGAUGGUGUCUGUAUAUAAGGUGUGGUGGGGGGUUCUCUUUCUAUCUACGGUGGGGGUUGGUGUGUCUAUAUAUAUUAUCAAUCUCUCUAUCUAGUCUCUCUCUCUGGUUGUGUGUAUAUAUAUAUAGGUGUGUAUCUAUCUCAAUAUAUAUCGAUUAUAUUGGUGUGUAUAUCUAUCUAUCCCUCGGUGUUUUGUAUAUAUUCUAACACUAUAUAUCUUCGGUGGUUUGUGUGUCAUACUAUAUAUAUGUGUGAUAUCCUCUCUCUCUGGUGUAUAUAUAUAUAUAUCUCUCUGUUUGUGUAUCUAUCUAUAUGUGGUGUCUCCUAUCUGUUUGUUGUUUGUGGUGUUCUCUCUCGGGUGUCUGUGUCUCAUCUCUAGGUGUUGUGUGUUUGCUCUCUCGGGUGUGCUCUAUAGGUGUGUGUCUAUCUCUCGCUCUAAUCUCUCUAUAUUAGCUCUUUUUUUCCUAUCGGUUUGUUGUGUGGUAACUCUCUUCUCUCGGGGUCUCUCGGGUUGGGUGUGUGUUCCGGUGUUGUGUCUCUCCAGUGGGUGUGUUGUCUCCUCUGGUGUUCUCUCCUCGGGGUGUUCGAUCGAUCGGUGUGCUCGACUCCGGUGUGGUCGCAUCUCCGUUGUUGGUCUAGAUCUCUUCUCUCGGUGUGGUAUCGAUAUCGGUCUCUCGGGGUGUGUAUCGAUCUCUCUUCUGUCUCGUGUGGUUAUCUCGUUUAUAUUUUUUUGCCCAUUUCCCAUUAAUUUUUCUCAUUUUGAGAUCCUAUCUAGUUGUGUUGCAAGAUCUCCUCUAUAGUGUGUGUAUCCUCAUCUCUUAUAUCUGAUAUAAUCAGGUUUUGUGUGUUAUGGGAUGUAGCCUAUAUACUAGAUAUCUCGGUGGGGGGUCUAGAAUAUAUAUAAUCUCUAGGGUUUGAUGUGUCUUAAGAUAAUAUAGGUUGUGUGGGUAUGAUAUCUAUAUAUAUAUAUAUCUAGGUGUUGUACUGUUGUGUGUUUUUGGCUCGAUCUCAUAUAGGAUGUGUGUCUCGCUCUCUAUCUUGGGUGUAUAUAUGUCUAUGUGUUGUUGUAUAUCUCUAUCUAUAUCUAUCUUAUCUCUCUUAUACUCUUCUCUCUCUCUCUCCUCUAGGUUUGUGGGUUGUCUAUCUCUAUAUCUAUCUCUAUCUCUCUCUUAUAUAUCUCCUCUAUAUAUAUAUGGUUUGAGUAUCUAUCUAUCUCUGAUGGUUUUUUUUGUAUCUCUUCUAUGUGUGUUGUGUUGUAUUAUAUGUAUCUAUAUAUAUCUCUACUUAUAUUGUGUGUGUAUUUGGUGGUUAUAUUAGGUGUUUGUGUGGUUGUAGCUCUCUUAUACGGUGUUUUGUGGUGUAUCUUCUCGUCUAACAUAUAUAUCGUCUCUCUCUCUGUUGGGUGUGUUGUCUCUCUAUCUCUCUCGGUUUGUUGGUCUUCUAUCUCCCCGCUCUCUCUAUCAUUGUGUGUGCUCUCGAUCUCUCCCCUCUCUCUGGUGUGUUAUCUCUAUAUCUAUCUAUCUGUGUCUCUCUUAUAUUUUGUGUGAUGUCUCUUAUCUCUCUAUGUGUGCUGUCUCUCUCUUCUCUCUCUGUGUGUGUCUCUCUCUCUCUGGUGUUGUCUCUCUAUUCGGGUGUCUGUCUCUCUCUCGGUGUCUCUCUAUCGCUGUGUUUCUCUCUAGGUGUGUGUGUCUCUAUAGGGUGUCUCCUCUCUCUCUACUCUCUCCUCUCGGUGUGUGUAACUCUCUCUAUCUGUGGUCUCUCGGUGUGAUGUUUGUGUGUGUAUCGAGGUUGUGUGUCUCUCUCUCUCGGUGUGAUCUCUAUCGGUGUGUCUAGAGUUAUCUCGGUGUGGUCUCGAUAUCUAGGGUGUGUCCGAUCUCCAUCUCGGAUGUGUGUCCGAUAUAUGUCUCUAUCGGUGUGGUCUCGAUCUAUCUACUCUAUACGGUUUUGUGUGCUCUAUCGACUCUUAUCUCGGUGUGUGUCUAGAUCUCUACUCUCUCUCUCGGUUUGUAGGUCGGUUGUGUAAUGUCUAUAUAUAUAUAAUUCUCGGGUGUGUGCUCGAUAUAUCCCUCUCUCUCGGCGUUCGGUUCUGUCUUAGAUAUCUCUCUAUAGGUUUGGUGUCUCGAGCUCAAUCUUCGGUGUUGUGUGUCCGAUCUAUUCCGGUGUGUGUGUCGCGAUCUCUCUAUUCUGUGUGUGUAUCGAUCUCUUUCUCUCUGUGUGUUGUCCGAGAUCUCCCUCUCUCUCGGUGUGUCUGUGUAUCGAUCUCUAUCUUCUCUCAGGUGUGUGUUGUUGUGUGUCUCGAUAUCUAGCUAUCGGUGUGUGUCUCGAUCGCAUCUCUCUCUCGGUUGGGGUCUCGAUCUCUCUCUCUCGGGUGUGGUGUUGGUUGUGGGGCCUAUCUCUCUCUCGGUUGUGUCUCUCUCUACGGUGAGUUUCUCUAUAUCUUCUCUCUCUCUCUCCUCCUCUCGGUGUGUGUGUAUCUCUCUCUCUUUCGGUGGGUGUAUCGCUCUCCGGUUUGUGUUCUCGGGUCUGUGUCAUCCUCUAUCUCUCUCUGUGUAUUUCGAUCUCUCGGUUGUAUCGAGCCUCUCUCUUUAUAGGGUGUUGUCUCGAUCUAUACCUCUUCUCUCUCGGUGUGUGUCUCGAUCAUCUCUCUCUAGGUUGUAUCAUCUCUCGGUGUGUUUCGAUCUAUCGGUGUACGAUCUCUCUCUCGGUGUGUGUACUCGAUCUCUAUACUUGGUGUUGUGUCGAGAUAUCUCUAUAUGGGUUGUGUCUCGAUCUCUCUAUAUGUGUGUAUAGUAUAUCUCUAUAGUGUGUUGUCUACAUAAUAUAUAAUCUAUCUAGGGUGGUCCGAUUAUAUAGCUAUCUAGCUGUGGUAUAGAAUAAUAUUUUAUACGGUUUGUUGGCUCUCGAUCUCUCUUACUGCGGUUUAAGUUUGUGUUCUCGAUCUUCUCUCCUCGGUAUUGGUGUGUCUCGAUCUAUAUCUCGGGUGUGUAUCGAUCUAAGAUAUAUCGGUUAUGGGUGUUCUAGAUCUCUCUAUCAGGGUGUGUAUCGAUCUCUACUCUAUAAUCGGUGUGUGUCUCAGAUCUAUCUAUAUAUAUAUCAGGUGGGUGUAUAGAAUAAAUAUUAUAUCUGCUAUAGGGGUUGUGGUGAUUUUUGUUGGUAUCGAUAUAUCUAUUCUGACUUUGGUGUGUUUUGUCUCAGGCUAAUUCAUCUCUCUAUAGGUUGUGUGUUUCGAUACUCUCCUCAUAUAUAGUGUGUGUAUCGAUCUCUACUAUAUAUCUCAUAUAUAGGUUGUGGUUUGUUGUAGCGAUCUCUCUACUCUCUAUUAUCGGUGGUGUAUCGAUCAUCUAUAUCUCGGUGUGGGUUGUGUGUAUAGAUUCUCUAUCUCUCGGGGUGGUAUCGAUAUAUCUAUAUAUAGGUGGUGUUGUGUCUCGAUAUCUCUAUCUCGGUGUGUGUUCUAGAUAUAAUCGCUCUAGGGUGUCUCUCGAUCUCUCUUCUAUACAGGUUGUGUCCGACUCUCUCUCUCGGGGUGUUUGUAUUGACUCUCUCCUAUCGGUAUCUUUGGCUUGUGGUCUCUCCCAGAUCACUCUCUCUCUCGGUGUUGUGGUGUUCUAUCUCUCUCUCUAGGGGUGUGUCUAUCUCUCUCGGUGCGUCUCUCUCUCUCUCUCUCUCUCUCUCUCUAGAUAUCGGUGUGGGCUUCUCCGCUCUCUCUCUCAUCGGGCUGGAUGUCCUCUCCUCUAUCUAGGGUGUUGGAUAGCUCUAGAGGUGUGUAUCUAGGUGUAUGUUGUCGCUCUAUCUAUCUCUCUCUUCUGUUUCGAUCUCGCGAGGGCCUGGUCUCGAGCGAUCUACUAAGAUCUCUCUAAGUGUGUGGUCUCAGAUCUACUAUCUAUCCUAUCCCUCUCGCGUAUCUCGGUGUUGUUUUUUUCCCUUCGUUAGCUAUCUCGGGGUUCUAUGUCUAUAGUUGUUUUUUUUUGUACGGAUCAUAUAGAGACAGUGUGUGUGUCUCGACUAUCUAUUGGGUGUUGUCUCGAGCUAUUACUCUCGUGUGUGUCUCGAUCUCCUCUAUCUCUCUCGGAUUGUGGGUCUCGAUCUCUCUCUACUCUCGGUGGUGUGUAUCCGAUUCUCUCUUCUCUCCAGGUGGAUGUGUGUUCUCGAUCUAUCUCUCUCGGUGUUGUGUCUCGAUCUUCUCUCUAUCUCUCGGGUGUGUCUGAUUUCUCUCUCUCUCUCGGGUGUUGUCUCGAUAUCCUCCUCGUCGGGGUGUGUAUCGAUCUAUCUUCUAUCGGCGGUGUGUCUCGACCUCUUCUAUCGGGUGUGGUCUCGAUCCUACAUCUCUACGUCUCGGUUUGUGUUUGUUUCCGUUCUCUCUAUCUCCUAUCGGUGUGUGUCUCGAUCUCUCUCUCUUCGGUGUGUCUCGAUAUCAUCUAUUCUCGGUGUUGUCUCGAUCUUAUCUAUAUCGGUGUUGUGUGUUUGUCUCGAUAUCUCUCUCUCUCUUCUCGGUGGUGUCUAGAUCUCUUCUCGUAUCUAUCGGUUGGGUGUCUCGAUCUCUCCUAGCUAUCGGUGUGUGUCUCGAUCUUCUCUCUCUCUCUCGGGUGGUUCGUCCGAUCUCUCUUAUCCGGUUGUGUGGUCUCGAAAUAUCUCUUUAUCUGCGGUGCGUGUGUCCGAUCUCUCUGCAUCUCUAUCGCGUGUGUGUUGGUAUCGAUCUCCUCAUCUCGGUUUGUAUAUCUCGCGGGUGUGUUUCGAUCUAUCGUUGUUGUCUCAGGAUCUCUCUCGGGUGUCCUGAUCUCGAUCUCUCUCUCUCUCGGGGUGUGUCUCGAUCUCUCUCUCUCGGGUUGUGGUAUCGAUCGUCUCUCUCUCUAUCGGGCUGUGUCUCGACUCUCUCUCUCUCUCGGGGUGUGUACGAUCUCUGCUAUUUUCUACCGGGUGGGUUCCCGAUCUACUAUCUCUCUAUACGGUGUUUGUGUUCGAUCUCUUCUCUCUCUCUCGGUUGUGUGUGUAUAGAUCUUCUCUACUAUAUCGUGUGGUAUCGAUAUCUAUAUAUAUCGGUUUGUGGGGUGUCCGAUCUAUAUCUCUUCUCAGGUGUGUGUGUUUGGUCUCGAUAUCUAUCUCUCUAUCGGUGUGGUAAGUAUAUCUCUAUCUUAGGUGUUGUGGUGUUCCGCGAUCUAUCUCUAGUUGUUCUUUGUGUCUGAUAUUAUCUAUCGGUGUGUUGUGUCAGAUUCUAUCUAUCUCGGUGUGUUGUCCGAUCUCUCUAUAUUCUCGUGUGUGUCUCGAUCCUCUCUCUACUACUCUCGGGGGUGUUUUGUGUAUCGAUUCAGCUUCUUUCAUCUCUCGGUGUUUGUCUCGAUCUCUCUUUUCUCGCAGGUGUGUGUCUCGAUUCUCUCUCUCUCUCGACGGGGGGUUGUCUCGAUCUCUCUCUUGGUGGUUGCUUCUCGAUAUCUAUCUCUCGGUGUGUUUGCAGAUCUCUCCUCUCGGUGUGUGUGUUCUGAGACUCUCUCUCUCGGUGUGUGUGUCGCAUCUCUCUCUCCUCUCUCGAGGUGUUGUGUCUCGAUCUCUCUGCUCGGUGUGUCCUUCUUCUCAAGUGUUGUGUCGCUGUGUCUAGUCUCUCUCUCUCUCUCUCUGUUUGUGUGUAUCCUCUCUUCUCUGUGUCUCUCGGUUGUGUGGCCUCUCUCUCUCUCUCUCACUCUAUAUCUCCGGUUUUUCUCUCUCUCGGGGUCUCAUCUCUAUCUCCGGUGUGUCUCUCACUACUCUCGGUUGUUGGGUGUAUCGCUCUCUCAUGGGUGUGUCUAUCGGUGGCGUGUGUGGUCUUCUGGGUGGGUGGAUCCUCUAUCUCGGUGGUCUCUACUCCUCUAUCUCUCUCUUCCUCUACAUCUAUCUCGGUGUGUGUGUGUCUCUAUCUAUAUAUCUACGGUUGUAUGUUGUGUGUGUUGCGUUGAUCUUCUCUUCCUUCGGUGUGUGGCUAUCGCUCUAUCGGUUGGUGUCUAUCGGUCUGUGUCUCAUCUAUCUCUCUUCUCUGGUGUAUUUUCGAUCUCUCGGUGUGUCUCGAGCUCUCUUAUCCUCUCUAUCGGUGGGUUUUUGUCCGAUCUUCUCUCUCUCUCUAUCUCUCUCUCUCAGGGAGUUCAUCUAUCUCGGUUGGGGUUUCGACUCUAGUUUGUUGUCUCGAGACUCUCUCGGUGUGCGUCUAGAUCUUCUCUCUGGUGGUGUCUCGAGCUCUCUCUAACGUGGUGGCUAGAAUCUCUUCUCUCUCCUCUCGGGUUGUGUAGCGAUUAUCUCGCGCUCUCGGUUGUGUGUCUCGAUAUCUCUCUCGCUUCGGUGGUGUGUGUCUCGAUCUAUUCUCUAGGUGUGUGUCUCGAUCUCUCUCUCUCGCUCUCGGUUUGAUGUGUGUCUAAUCUCCUCUAGCGGUUGUGUGUACCGAUCUCUCUCCCUACUCAGGUUUGUGUUGGUCUCGAUCUAUCUAUCUCGGUGGUGUGUCUCGAUUCUCUCUCUUCGGGUUGGGGUGUCUCGAUCUCUCUCCUCUCUCGCGGGUUUUGGUGUAUCGAUCUCUCUACUAUCGGUGUGUGUCUCGAUCUCUCUCUCUUCGUGUGUUCUCGAUUCGCUCUCUCGGUGUGUCUCGAUCCUCUCUCUAGGGUGUGUAUUUGUCUCGAUCUCCCUAUAUGCUCUCUCGGUGGUGGGGUGUCUCGAUCUCUCUCUCUCUCUCCAGUGUGGGUCUCGAUCUCUCACUCUCCGGAUUGUUGUGUGUCUAGAUCUCUCUCUAUCUCGGUUUUUUUGUUGUAUCAGAUCUCUUAUAUCUACGGGUUUUGUUGGUCUCAUAUCUCUUUCUCUUAGCGGUGUGUGUGUAUCGAUCUCUCUAUCUCUCUCUCCUCUAUCUUCUAGGUUUGAGUUUGUGUAUCUCUAUAGGUUGGUUUUGUUUCGAUCUCGAGUUGUGUCGAGAUCUCUUCAGGUGUGGGUCUCGAUCCUCUCUCUCGGUUGACUUGUGUGUCUCGAUCUCUCAUAUAUCUAUAGGUUGUGUUCUGUGGUUGUGUUGUCCGAUAUCUCUCUCUCGGUUGUGUGUCUCGAUCUCUCUCUCUUCGGUUAUGUUGUGUCUCGAUAUCUAUAUUAGGUUUGCGUGUCUCGAUCUCUACUAUCUCGGGUGUGGUCAGAUCUAAGCUCUCUACUAGGUUGUGUGUCUCGAUCUCUAUCAUCUCGGAUUUGUGUGUGCAGAUAUCUUCUAUCUCGGUUGUGUCUCGAUUCUCUCUCUUCGGUGGCAUAGAUAUCCCUCUCGGUUUGUUGUUGUGUGUCAUCGAUCUCUUCUUAUCUCUCUCGGUGUGUGUAUCGAUCUCUCCUCUAUAUAGGUGUGGUGUUGUCUCGAUCUCUAUCUCUAUAUCUUAGGUGGGUGUUAGAUCUAUCUCUCUCUCGGUGGGGGUGUGUCUUAUCGAUCUCUUCUCUCUAUCGGUUUGUGUGUCGCGAUCUCUCGCUCGCGGGGGGGUCUGAUCACAUCUAUCUCUCUAGGUUUGUGUGUCUCGAUCUCUCUCUCUAGCGGUGUUGGGCUCGACUCGCUCUCUCGGUGUGUGUGUGUCUAGAUCUCUAUCUCUCGGUUGCUGUGUCUCGAUCUCUCUCUCUCGGGUGUUGUCUCACCUCUCUUCUCGGUGUGUGUCUCGAUCUCUCUCUCUCUCGGGGUUUUGUAUCGAAUCUCUCUCUCGCUUCUCAGGGGUGGUCUCGAUCUCUCUUUUAUCUCGGUGGUGUAUCGAUCUCUCUUUCUCUCGCGGUAUUGUGGCGUCUCGAUCUCUCUCUCUCCCGUGGAUGUGUUGUAUGAUUAUAUCUCUCGGAGGGGCGUGUGUGUCUAGAUCUAUAUUCUUGGUGUGUUUCUAGAUCUCUCUCUCUUCGGGUGUUUCUCGACCUCUCGCUCGGGUUGUGUGUCUCGAUCGAUAUCUCUAGGAUGGUGUGUGUGUAUCAUCUCUCUAUCUCUCUCCUCGGCUGUGGGUGUUUGUGUCUCGAUAUCUCUCUCGGUUUGUGGUGUAUCUCUCUCAGGUGUAUCGUGUGUAUCGAUCUAUAUCUCUAUGGGUGGUAUCUCUCUCUCUCGUGUAUAUCGGUGUGCUGUGUUCUCUUCUCUACUCUCUCUUCUCUCUCCCACUUCUCUCUCGGUUGUGUUUUUGGGUUCUCUCCCUCUUUCGGUGUGUCUCUCUUAUUCUCUGGUGUUGUGGUAUCUCUCUCUCUCUGUGUGGGUCUACGGGUGUGUUGGUGUCCUCUCGGUGUGUGUCGUUCUUCGGUGCGUGUGUCCUCUCUCUCGGUGUAAUUUCGAUCGUGUGUGUGUUCGAUCUCUAUAUCGGUUGCCUGUGUAUCAUAUCUCGUGUGUUGUGUACUCUCUCUCUCAUGAUGGGUUCUCUCCUCUCUGUGUCUCUCUCUAUCUUCGGUGUGUGUAUCUCUCUCUCUCCUCUUCUGUGUGUCUCUCGGUGUGUGUGUGUGUGUCUCUCGGGUUGGUCUCUCUCUCUCGGUGUAUCUCUCUCGGUGUGUUUCGAUCUCUCGUUGUGUCUCGAUCUCUCUCGCCCGGUGUCUCUGUGUCUCUCUCGCUCUCGGUUUCUCGGUCUCUCUCUCAUUCUCUCUCCGGGUGUGUCUCUCUCGGUCUCUCUCUCUCUUUCUGUGUCUCUCUCUCUCUCUCUGUGUCUCUCUCUCUCUCUCUCUCGGGGGUGUCUCUUUUUUUUUUUAGGGUUUGGCGAUAUACCAUGGUAUUUCAAGAUCCCUGUUGCCUGAAUUGUUUUGUGCUUAAAAAAAGGUCUUUAUGGAUCCACCUGUACCCGAGACCCGAUGCGAGUGUGUCCGGAUCCAUAAUUCUAAAUAAUGUCAUGGUUCGGAUCUGAUAUGAUUGUCACAGGUCUCAGGAAUGUGUAAUCUUAAGCGACUUGUCUGAAGGGCCUGCACAGAUCCGAACGCGACUGCUGUAGUAGAGAGAGAGAGAAUCUGAACAUUUAUGCUGCUGCUCUUUUCACUAGAGUGGCAUGUGUAGCUUCUUGUUAUUGGCCAAUCAUAAGUGGCAAUAGGCUACAGUCAGGAGAAUGGAGUUGUUAUUUGUAAGAAUGUGAACGCGCAUGCAGCCUCAAUUAGCCUAGCUAGCUAACGUUAGGUAGCAUAACCAGCUUCUUCCAGUUUGAUGCAGUCAAGACAGGUACUACGUAAUCAUAUUUUAAAAAUAACCUAGCUAUGGCAGCUAUUAGUCUACUAUAGCGCGAGUCGGCUUGGUUGCUGUCUCUCGUCUCUCCCUCCAUGCUCCCCAUGUCACUCGCUCACUGUAUGGCCCCUCCCCCGCCUGCUAGAAUGGCACCUCUUCCUCUCGCGCUUUAUCAGUUCCGGUUAAUAAAGUAGUUUAAAUGCCUUUUCUGCUGCUUUCCGGGUGAGAAAACCCCAUGUCCAUUUCGGAAUGGGUCCAACCUUUUGGACCCGUUAAGACCUCUGUCCACUUCCGGUAAUACUGUAUACCCUGGUAUGGUACAGAAACGGUAUGGAAAUCUGGAUACCGCCCAACCCUACUCUGGCUCUCGCUCUGUCUGUAUCUGUCUCUCUCUCUCUCUCAUCCUCUGGGAUGGCUCAUUGAUCUGUCUUCUCGUUGACUCACAUUUAUUAUUGGUAUACAGCACAAAUCACCUCAGAGGGCCUGUACUCCAUCCUAUUGACCUUACUCAUCGUCCUCAUCCCAGUCUACUGGAAGGUUACAGUAAGGGACAUUACUGAAGCUGUGUGUGUUUGCCUCAGUACAUCUGUUCUUUUGAUUAUCGGGAAAUAAACACAUAGUGAAAAUGAUGGUCACUUUUCUUGAACAGUGAUGAUGACCCAUUUGACUAUGAAUAGUCAACCUAUUCUGCCUUAGUCUCAUAAUAUUUAUCCUAAUACUUCCUCAGGAUCUGUGGCCCAGUGAAUUUAGCAUUUUGGUAACCGAUUUCUGAUCGAAUAAUUAUGUUUUGUUAGCAUUGACACAUUUCUCAAUCGUUCCAGACAUGUUCUUUUUGCACCAAGUUACGCAAGUUACCGGCUAAUAUGGAGCAAGCCAAGCAAAGUUAGUGGUGCUUUAUUUUCGAUUGCCACACUGCUACUAGCACCCUAAUUCUAAAUCAGACUAAACAGGGCAGUCUGCACCUCUAACGGUCGGUAAUUCAAUCUGCUACUGUAGCUAGCUGCUGACUCUUCAGUAGAAAAGCAAGCUGACCGUUGGGUAAACAGUUUUCUUCCUUUGCCCCUGUUUCUCUAAUGAAUGCCCUCUGUCCCCCCUCUCUGUGUUGGCUGCCAACUCCUCUUCAUUGGGCCUCUCACUAAGAACAAUGAGGAGUAAGGCCUAGUUUCAGCAACUGUCGCUAUGCCACCCUGCACAAACCUUUAUCUCCCGCGCUCUCUCCCUUUUUCUUUCAUUCUAUUUUUCCCUGUAUUUGAUGUUCCAGCCCUCUGUGUACUCUGUCCUGCUCAGUCUGUCCUCAGCCAAAACACUCAUUAUAACAAGAUGGCUCUGUGAUCAUCCUGCUAGGUACUGGCAGGUUUAUAAUCCAGCCUCAGUACAGACAACCCUGCCAUCAGGCCGCUUGUUACACCAGGAGUAUUCAUGUCCCUUUUAAACACUGUGAAUGCUUUUUAGUUCUAUUACAUUGCAUGUGUGAUGAGAGUAAUUGGACAGAUUGACUGCAGUGUUGUAUCUGAUUUGUGGAUUGUAUUAUUUGGAACUGAAAGAGGGCAGUAGGCACAGAUUGGGAUCUCGACAUGUUCAGACACAUUGUUGGAAACGUGCAGUGUACUGUAAUUGUCAACAUUUAGCUCUCUCAUACAGCUAAACACAUCCACGUUCCAUUGUUCCUGGUUGUCCUGAGAGCGGAAGUGAGAGGGCCUUAGGGAGGGCUCUAUUUUUACAGUGAUGAGGUGGAGUCACAGGCUCUAAUAGUUGUGUAAUCCAACUGGGUGCUCUGUUUUAAUUGCAGACAUGGGCUCUUCUCUCUGUUGCAUUGGGAGUUCUGGACCUCUGGCACGCUAGGCAUGAUGAGCAUGGAGUACAUGUGGCCUGGUUCAUCUCCACUCAGAGAACAGUAGCUACUAGGCUCUCCCUGGAGGGCUAGGUUUUCCAUAGGAACCCACAGAAUCUUUAGCCCAUUAAUUUAUCAGCUAUUGGGACAGAAAAUAUAUUUCUGUUGCGUGAUAAUUUGACAAAAUGAAUGAAAGCAUAGCUUUUCUGUGUUGCAAGAAGGAAGAGAACGAUCUUGGUAAUAGGUGAGCGGUUAGUGGCUGUGCAGGUGCAUCACUUUUAUUAGUCUUGCGGAUACAUACCACAGAGUCCGUUCCUCUUUAGAACGUCCUCCUCUUGACAAGAUAACAAAGCACUCUGGGCAGGGCAUAGUUGUUUACUUGCCAUCACAAGGUCAUGUUUGCAUUCAGAUUUGAAUGGGGUGUUGAGGGAUUGGGUACAGUAGUAAGUCAGUAUCGUGACAGGCCAGGCAGCAAGUGGAAGCUCUGGAGUGUUUGCAAUGGGGUUAGUUGGGGAAGGAAGAUAGUAGGGAUGGGCAUUUGAAAUAAUGUAAGUAUUCAAAUAAUAUCAUACAUUUUUCUGGGAUCGUUUUUAACUUUCUUUUUCCUGUGCGACUCAGGAGAUACGGUGCGCUCUGCAGCAGGACAGGCGAUGGGCUGGUGGUGUGUCAGAAGAGGGAGAGAGAGGAAAAAGUAGCCACUGACUCGCGCUAGUAAGACAAACGUGUAAAUGCCGUAGGUUAUUUAUCAUCCCCCUGGCAGGGCCUGUCUUUACGGCAUCAAAUCGAUGUAAAGAAGCUAGCUAAGAUUGCCAGAUGUUAGCUUUCCAGCUAGACUAGUUGAGGCUUUUUUUCUGCGCUCCCUGUCCUUGUCUACAACUACUUUUCAUUUAGCUAACUUAAUUCCGUAAUUUAAAAUCCAUUUUGCAUUGAUUAGAGAUCUCCUACUUCACCUUGCUACACAUAGAGCCUCUGACUGUAGUGCCAACAACCAAGCCACGUGCGUGAAACCUGUGUAGGCUACAGUAUGUGUUUUUAUGGGGCGCACGUCAUAAAAACUACAUUCAAAACUUUGUUUUAUUAAAUUAAUGGUAUGUCAUGGUAUAUCCUUGUGUGUAGCAAUGUCAGAUAAUUGUAUUUAAUUUAUGCAAAGCCUUUUCAUUGUUAAAAUAGGCCUAUGUUUCCUCAAAUUAAUUAUCUUGCAAGUAUUCGAAUACUAACGUCCGUUCGGAUAUUCUAAUAACCAUGCCCAUCCCUAGAAGGGAGAGAGAUGUUGCACGUCACAAAUGACUCCCCAUUGAGAGAGAGGGAAAGAUAGGCAGAGACUUGGCCAGGGAAAGGAUGCCUUGCAUUUUUUCUUCACACUGUUGUUGAGUGGAAAUGCACAAACAAUGUUGGGUUUCUCAUUUCUGUGAGCCAGGCAGUCAGCAGCCCAGCUGGCCAAAGGGGAGAGCGAGAAGGGGAGGGAGUGAAUUAGAGGGAAGGGGAGAGCAAGAGAAGGAGGAAGAGCGAGGGAGGCUGAGGGCACAGGCCAGUCAUUGGCUGUAGGGAGUUGGCUAUGUGACAUCAGGGGAGAAAGAGGGUGUCGGUGGAACACGGUAAACAAAGAGGGAAUGUUUGAAAGGCUCUCUCUGCUGCAGAACAACAUUUUAACCACGCUCAACCGAUGCGCCCCAAAAUUGUACCCCAGUUACCCCAACACUGUGCUGUCCCCGACUCUAAGGCCUUUUACAUAAAGCAGCGUGUCUGUGUUGGUUGCGCUUGCUGAACCAUUAGAAAUGUCCAAUUAUGUUUAGUCUGCUAAUAAGGGUGCCACCUCUAGCUCUUAACAGGGGUCUAACUUGUGUGGCUGCUGAUUUUAAAAAAAGAAAGGUCUGUAAUGCUCCCCAACACUACUGUAUAGGCAAAUGCCACCCAACUCUGAAACGCAAAUACUUUUGUUAGGGCCUAUUACGCAACCAUCUAUCAGUUAAGCCUAAGCUGUGUGUGUGUCAUUGUCUCCCUGUUUGUUCAGUAGUGUUUAAAUGGGUGAGUUGCUGGAUGUGAACAUCUUUCCUCCUCUUCUGAAAAACUCAUACAUUUCUACUGUGUGCCGUUUUAGUCCUUGCUAUUGUUUGAAGUUUUGGGAACACAGUGUUCCCAUGGUAACAAGGAAGAAACAGUGAUAUGUUUCCUGGGAGGAGGAAGGUCGGGUGUCAGCUGACGAGUGUCUGUCCGUCCCAGAGUCCCCUCUUUCCUGGCAGAGCAGACUGUGUCCUAGUCCAGCAGCAAACAGGCCUGUUGGUGUGUUUAUAAACUUCAGAAUGGGAAGCUGUCUUUCCCCUCAUCCUGGGCAGUGUGUAUGUUACCAGUUUGUGUGUUAAAGGUUGUCUGUGUUGGCACAAGCUGUGCUGGUAUGUCAGUGAAUGUUCAGUGUAGCUCCAUGUUUUAUUGAUGGACACAGGAGGAUUCUGUUUGAAUAAUGUGGUUGUUUGUUUUCACCCGUUUCUAGGGAAACCAACAGCACACAGAUCAAAUGAAGGCUUUACGAACAGACACGCAUGCGCACGCACAUGAUGGCUAUAUUCAGUAUUUAAACAUGUGCAUGUACCAACCCUCCCACAAGUUCCCACAUGCACACACUCCUCUCUCUUGAGUUGAGUUCCUAUGCUGACCCCUCUAGGAAUGUGUUACAGGAAGCUUGUGUAAAUAUUGAGAGCUUCUGUGCACAGAUUCACCUUUCUGCAUCCAGUUGAGUUUUUGUGUUUUUCACUUCUCUCUUUUUGCUGUGGUGUGAUCACCUGGUCUUAAUAUUCAUCUUUACAUAACUGGGUGUGUACAAUGGUUGUGUGAAUCUGAGAUUAUAUUGUUGCUCUUAGUAAAUAGUUCAGUGGGUCCAGUGAGACCUAUGCUACAUCACUUUUACCCAACUCUGAAUUUUCAUAGCUUGCAGUUAGUUUGGCGAUUGCUAACUUUUCUAGUGAAAUCAAGCUAUGGCUAGGCUAUAGGCUAGGCAUAUGUGUAGAUUUCUUUUCACUGAGCACCAACUGGCAUACUAGCAUAGCUCCUCUGAGGUUGAUUCUCUUUCUGCUUGGAUUAUAGCUGACCCCUGACCUCCUGUCAUGUGAGGGUGUUCAGAAUCACUGUCUGGCCUGCUUGGUCUCUGAAUGGGCUGAGACGGUCUCCGUUAUAACCGUUCGAAUAGCAAAAGUGUAUCUGACCUAGGGUUGACCCCAUUUAGUCGACUGGUCGAUUGUUUGAUCAAUAGGCUGUUGGUCGACCAAUAUUUUUUUAGUCAAGCUGUGGCAAAUAUAUAUUGAACAAAUGAUGGCCCACGAGACACCUGUCUGAUUCACGCCUGUCUGAGUGGACUAAUCCAUUGCGAAGGCCGCGGGGAUGGUACCCCAGUAUCACCAGUAGUACAUUUACCCUUCAUUCCCAUCAUUUAUCAUCUACAAUGUUUGUUUAGUUAUUUAGUAAUUUCUGUUAAUGCAUUCAAUAUAUUUAUUAUUAUUAUUAUUAUUAUUAUUACAGACUUACCGUUGUCAUUGUAGGAGUAGACACGUUGUUUGCAGAGUGCACAACCUUUGUUUAUUUUAUUCCAUUUAGGAGUUUGGAGUUUGUUUGGUGCGCUCCUGUCAAUCUUGAGUAAGGAUACGCACCUGAUUAAGCAUAUAGAAGUAGGACUAGUCUACUUGGCCUGCACGCAAAUGUAGGCCUAAAAGUGUGCCCAUUUGGGAAUCUGAUUGUCUUAACUCACCAUCACUGUGGAGCUUCUCAAAUAAAAAAAUGAUUUGCCUCAAAGGACAAGUAAACGAAGUCUGUUUUUACAUCCAUUGAGAAUGACAAUAGUUCCUCAACGUAGCCUAUUUGUAAAACCUUUCUAACCUUUCUAGGGGGAGAAAAUGGCAUUCUCUGAUCAGGUGGAAACGUCAUAAAAUGGGCCUACAGGAUUACUUCUUAUUUUAUACAAUGUUGCAAGUUUGCUAGGAGGAGCUUCAGGCUGGACCAAGUUAAUACAGUAGUUGAUACAAUGUUUCAAGUUCCUUGCAGACAGGCCAUGCAUAGACAAUGUGAUAAAUAGGAUAUUUAUUUUCCAUCAGGAUAUUUUCUACCUGCAGGCUGCAAUGUUUUUAUUUAUUCACUUUAUGUAGGCUACUUUUACAUAUUGGCAAUUGCAAUAAUUACUUUUAAAUGUGUAUCAUUUUCAUUUAGAAUUUUGAUUAACCACAUGACAUUGAUUUUGAGAUAUGAAGAUUUUAUUAUAAAUGAAAUUAAACUGUUCCAUGAAAAUUUGCAUAUGAAAAUCAUAACUGGCACUCAGAUCAGCAGAAAUGGUAGGAUAACUUGGCACUCCAAAUGGAAAAGGUUGCCGACUGCUGGUGUAGCCUAUUACCUACCGGCAACCUCAGGAGCAUAACGGCAACCUCAGGAGCAUAACGGCAGAAUCUCUGGAGGCCAGCAGCGGGAGGAGGAUCGGGAACCAACAUGUUUUUCUUCUUCUGGUUAGGCUAUAUUGACCUCUUUGUAAUUUGUGCGUCUUCAUUUUUAUCGCAGUGCUUAAAGCAUCAGACAAGCUCACUAGCCUACAUAUAGUUGAAUUUAUUCAAAACAUAGGGUGUGUCUAUAUAUGGAAAAAUAUACGUUUUAAAUAUUGGUCGAAAGAACAGACUACUCUCGGUCGACAAUUUAUUAAAUGUUUUGUCGCGACAGCCCUAGUCUGACCUCUGUCCUCUCCCUCCCUGCAGCCUCAGCCCCGGUCAACAGCCUGAGUAGACGCCGCGCCCCCUCCGUGGCCCCCCUGACGUGGGAGAAGCGCAACGCCUCCGCCAUGUCCACCAUCAUCAUCGACCCCGAGCUCAAGCCUGGGGAAUUUGUCAUCAAGAGCCUGUUCGCUGAGUUUGCUGUGCUGGCCGAGAAGAAGAUUGAGGUGGUGAUGGCCGAACCACUGGUGAGUUGCUGUGAUCCGAGAGGCAGGGGGGGGACGCAAGUAAGACCAAAUUCCAAAUCAAACCCUAACCCUGAAUCUUAGGCACUUGACUGAAAAGUUUGAUUAGGUGUAAGCAAUAUUCUGACUAAUAUUAACAUAUGCUAUUACCUCUCAGAUCUACAUGAAGUGCCUAGUUGUAGGGGCUAGCCUAGCGGUUGAUUUAUAAUUAAAGACAACUGAAGGAAGGCUAUUAGCUCACUAGCCCUCAAUCAGGCUGUGUCCUGAGUUCUUAGGUCCUGGUUGCUACAGAGCAUUACUUGGCUUAAAGGCCAAAGAGGUUAAAAGUCAAAUGUUUCUAGUGACUGCCUGUGUUCAGUCUGUGAACACAGACUUCUCCUUAAACUUAAAGGGGUUUGUGUGUGAAUUUUGCUUUGUGUGUGUCAGCGUGGAAGUGUGCACAGGCCUGUGUAGGUGUGAACGUCUAGUGUCUGAAAAAUGAGGCACAUGCAUUCCAGUGUGAUUUCCCAGAAUAGGGGGCAUGUUAUUUUCCAGGAAUAAUGUUUUUUUAAACUCCGAUAUCAAGACUCCGUGGGAGGUACAAUCCCUUGCCCUAGCUAGGGGCUGCUGGGAGAUGUGUAUGUUUGGAGGGGGAGUAAAAGUGUUACAUCAGUCUGGAGAAGAGAGGGACGUGUCAUUAAACACCACCCCUCCUGCCCUCCCCUAUGGACCGCUCUCUCUCUCCAUUCAGCUCUCCAUUCAUCUCUCUAUUCAUCUCCCUGAGUGCUCCCCUCUUCUGCUGCCACCUCCCCUGCCUCUCACCCCUUAAUUUCCUUUCCCUGGUUGGUGUGUUUGUCCAGUGGUCAGCUGGUAGACAGACUACUGACUGACUGUUUACUCAGGGGCUGGUAAAUGGCCCCAGGCUGAUAGCAGAUCUCCUUCACUGUCAGUUAUUACGCACUAUAUAGGCCCACUAUCUCCUCUCCUGUUUCACCUGGCCCCACAUCCACUGGUCUGCUAAUAUGAGUGACAUAGGGCUCCUAUUAUGGUAGGAAUCUAUAUUUUUCUGUUGAGUACUUAAUUGACUGACAGCCCUGUUUCUGUCUUUCUUUCCCUCAGGAGAAACUCUUGUCCCGAUCCCUCCAGAGAGGGGAAGAUGCACAAUUUGAUCAGGUGAGUUCUAGUGUGUGUGCACAUGCAUUGUUGUUAUGUACUCUCUCCCUCACCUCCAGCCCAUAAUGGGACCCCCCACCUCCCAUCCAUACAGUAGUUGAAUUCCCCAGCUCCACCCAAUCAAUCCCCACUCAAUGCCCCAACCAUCCGUCAUUGUAUGUGAUCUCUGACUGGUGCCUGCAGAACUCUGAACAAUGGAGCUGCUGCAGAGUGCUUUGUUCAGCACAACACAAAGCCAAUGAGGAUAUGGUGCGCUAUAGAUCCAGCUGCCUCCAUUGUGACUGAGUGAGGUAGAACGAGCAUACAGAGAGAGGGAGCAGAAUUGCUGUGUCAUCCUUAGCAGUAAAUCAGUGUUGGGUGCUGGAGUGUCAGCCUGGCGCCAGGAGGGCACAGAGAGCAGUUGCAUAACUCUCCCUCCCAGCAUCCAUCAUCCAGCACCCUCAGCACACUGCACUGCCCUUCACAACACACACACACAAUUCAGACACGCCAUUCAUUGUGUAGAAGGCUACUUACUGUACCCCACUGCAGAUUGACUGACUGUAAAAACGAUACACUUAAUAUGCCAUUUAGCAGACGCUUUUAUCCAAAGCGACUUACAGUCAUGUGUGCAUACAUUUUUACGUAUGGGUGGUCCCGGGGAUCGAACCCACUACCCUGGCGUUACAAGCGCCAUGCUCUACCAAUUGAGCUACAGAGGACCACCACUUGACAUGCAUAGAACUUAGAUUUACUUUUAGUUUGCUCUGGUAUGUGUUGUUGAAGAAGAAACAUAUUAAUUGCUAGUAUUAUGGCAAUAUACCCCUACCAUUUUUAGUCUACAAAGGUGUUGGUAAUAGAUUCACUGUAUGAGGUUGCAAUUCUGAUGAUCAAAGUGCUGAUGAGGUAUUUAGAACAGAGCCAGCUGCAGAGCCCUGCGCUAUGGCAGCUGGAGCACUAGCCGCUAAAUAGGAUAGGACCUCACUGUGCUCGACAUGUCAUCGAACACCGCACUUAUAGUCCCAAUCAAUACAUCCUGUUCUCUAUUGUAUGUCAUCCAGUGAUUCGGUCCCCUCCCCUCAUCCCCCCCUCCACUUCUUUCUUUCUAGAUGUUUUCCCAAUCCCUGUAUCUCUUUCCCUGCAUCCUCUUCUCUCCUCAUCUCUCCUUAUAGUGGAGCCUUUCACAUAAAAUAUAGCACCUCGGUAUGUAUCUUUGUGUAAUAUUGGUGAUUUAAGAUGAUUGUUCUGGUGAGGAUUUGUGUUUGUAUUGUUCAUGUUUUUGACCUUUAUGAACAUUCUCAUGCUGCUUGGCGGAUGUUUUGCAUCUGAUAAACUGUAAUAACUAGCUAUUGUAAUGUGUGUGUGUGUGUGUGUGUUCUUUUCACAGUUAAUAAGCUCUAUGAGCUCUAUAGCGGAACACUGUUUGCCCUCCCUGCUGCGCACACUGUUUGACUGGUACCGGCGGCAGAGUGGCACCGAGGAUGAGUCUUAUGAGUACAGACCUCGCUCCAGCACCAAGUCCAAAGGGUAAGAUGCUCAUCCCUCUCUCCUGUCCUCCCCUCCCCUCCCACUCCCGCUCCUGAACAAUCAACAAUUUGUCAUAACGCUCUCUUGCGCUCUCUCUUGCGCUCUCUCUUGCUCUCCCUCUCUCUCUCUCUCUAGGGAUGAACAGCAUCGGGAUAAAGACUACCUAUUGGAGAGGAGGGAUUUAGCCAUAGAUUUCAUAUUCUGUUUAGUUUCAGUAGAAGUUUUAAAACAGGUGAGUCCUGUUUAACCUUACUUCUGCCUGUUUGUUUGUCUGUGCUGUGUCUGGUCUGUUAGAAGAGUCCUCUCCCUCAGUGUGGUAGGCAGCAUGCACUGUCACUGCAAUGUCAUCAUACCGAGCGUCAUCCAAACCUACAGCAUCUAGAACGACACCAGACUAUCCAGAUCCAAACCACACUCUCUUAGAACAAACCUUGACUGAGCACAGUGCUUGGUUGUCCUUGGCUCCAACAGGGAGGAUAAUGAAUGGUACUAAAGGGAGAGAGACAGCAUGAAGGAAGUAUCGAAGUGCCUAAUAUGACUGAUGUGAUGUUUUUAUGUUUGCGUCACAGAUUCCUCUUCACCCCGUGCCAGAUGCUUUAGUACAUGAAGUUCUGAACCUGGCAUUCAAGCACUUUAAACACAAAGAGGGGUGAGUGUAAACAAACGCAACACAAGCACACAUACACAUACUAUACUUUAGUCUAGCACACAGAAUAUUCCAGAGGGCUUUUGGCUCUGCAGCUGAGUCACUCAUUACUUUAUGGGUAUUUGGAUAGACUGUUUUUUAUGACCAAUGUGUGACUUUAUGGUCUGUCCACAUUAAUGUCACUUAAAGAAAACACAACCCGCACUUGUUAGACAACUUGAGUAAACCUUCACUCAGCUGCUUCAACCCUACAGUAUGCAGCUACAUGCUUGUGGUUUUAGAGAGAAGGUUGUUUGAUCGUCCAUAACCUUCAUCACACAUUGUUUGGGAUGAUAUUUCCUUUAAUGGUUUUGUUUGUUCAGCUGCUCGUCAGCAGGUCUGUUGAUGUUUCACGAUCAGUGUCUUCAUACCCCUGUGUUAACAUAUCAUUAGAGCUAUUUCUCUGUGUGUGGGUGGAUAAUGGAUGUGUUCUGAUUGACAGGUACCCUGGCCCAAACACUGGCAAUGUGCACAUCAUCGCAGACCUGUAUGCUGAGGUAAUCGGAGUGCUCACACAAUCAAAGUAAGCGUUUUCUCCUUAGAUUAUUCCAAGUUCAAGUCAUCUUAACAGUCCAAAUAACUCAACACGUCACUCCUUUUUACUCCUAUUACUCCUAAACUAUAUGUUAAACUAGCCUACUCCUUAUGGAAGACUUAGUCAAAAUCUGUGUGUGUGUCUCUCCAGGUUCCAGGCGGUGCGUAAGAAGUUCAUCACAGAGCUGAAGGAGCUGAGGCAGAAGGAGCAGAGCCCCUACGUGGUCCAGAGCAUCAUCAGCCUCAUCAUGGGCAUGAAGUUCUUCAGGGUCAAGAUGUACCCCGUGGAGGACUUUGAGGCCUCCUUCCAGUUCAUGCAGGUCUGUUAUCCUGGGUCGUAUUCAUUAGAGCACACCUUGGCAAACUGUACCAAAACAAGAAAAUAAGCAUUUCUUAUUGGACAAGUUCAGGUAGUCCUUCCCUGUUUCAAAACUCCAGUUUUAGUGAAUUCAACCCUGACGUGUCCAAGCAACAGGCGUGUAUCUAGUCUAUUGGAUGCCCAGACUGUACAGUACUGUAUAUCUGAUUGUGUCUGUGUGGCUGCAUAUGGGGAUCUGAUGGCUCUCUGCUGAACUAUGUUUUACCGCAGACGUUUUGUUUGUGCUCAGCAGCUCUCUGUAGCAGAGCCUCAUAAAGCCAGAUGAGUAACGAUCAGAUAGCAGAUCACUGUGCCAAGAGCACUGAACGGAGCAAGGCCUUUUCGUUAAGCUCAAUACGGCAGUAAAAAGCUCGCUCAAUAUGCUCCCCUCUUAACAAGCCCUGAUUUCCCAGCGUGCUAAUGGAACAUGUUGGGUAAUCUGCCGUAGUUUAUUGGUGCCACCACACUCCCUUUACGUCUGUUGGUUUCUGCCCAUAUGUGAGAAUCUGUUGCACAGUCUAUUGUUUUUCAUUUAGUCUAUUUGGUUUCUGUUUAUGUAUGUGUCACUCUGUUUGUCCUCAUCCAUGUUGGUAUGCCUCUGUGUUCCUCAGGAGUGUGCCCAGUAUUUCCUGGAGGUGAAGGAUAAAGACAUAAAGCAUGCGUUGGCUGGCCUGUUUGUUGAGAUCCUCAUCCCUGUUGCUGCUGUGAGUACCACUCAGACAACAACACAAAACAUGGGAAACCCCACAUUGGUUAUAGCUAGACAAGUUAAUAGUAGCAUAGAGCCUUUCUGUAUAAGAGAUUCCUCUGCGUUAGUUACCAUAAAAAGCACAUUCGGUUGGCUAAUGUCAUUUGAUGCGUCUGAAAUGGCACCCUAUAUACAAUGAGGGAAAAAAGUAUUUGAUCCCCUGCUGAUUUUGUACGUUUGCCCACUGACAAAGACAUGAUCAGUCUAUAAUUUUAAUGGUAGGUUUAUUUGAACAGUGAGAGACAGAAUAACAACAAAAUAAUCCAGAAAAACGCAUGUACAAAAUGUUAUAAAUUGAUUUGCAUUUUAAUGAGGGAAAUAAGUAUUUGACCCCUCUGCAAAACAUGACUUAGUACUUGGUGGCAAAACCCUUGUUGGCAAUCCAGAGGUCAGACGUUUUUGUAGUUGGCCACCAGGUUUGCACACAUCUCAAGAGGGAUUUUGUCCCACUCCUCUUUGCAGAUCUUCUCCAAGUCAUUAAGGUUUCGAGGCUGACGUUUGGCAACUCAAACCUUCAGCUCCCUCCACAGAUUUCCUAUGGGAUUACUGUCUGGAGACUGGCUAGGCCACUCCAGGACCUUCAUGUGCUUCUUCUUGAGCCACUCCUUUGUUGCCUUGGCCAUGUGUUUUGGGUCAUUGUCAUGCUGGAAUACCCAUCCACGACCCAUUUUCAAUGCCCUGGCUGAGGGAAGGAGGUUCUCACCCAAGAUUUGACGGUACAUGGCCCCGUCCAUCGUCCCUUUGAUGCGGUGAAUUGUCCUGUCCCCUUAGCAGAAAAACACCCCCAAAGCAUAAUGUUUCCACCUCCAUGUUUGACGGUGGGGAUGGUGUUCUUGGGGUCAUAGGCAGCAUUCCUCCUCCUCCAAACACGGCGAGUUGAGUUGAUGCCAAAGAGCUCCAUUUUGGUCUCAUCUGACCACAACACUUUCACCCAGUUCUCCUCUGAAUCAUUCAGAUGUUUAUUGGCAAACUUCAGAUGGCCCUUUUAUAUGUGCUUUCUUGAGCAGGGGGACCUUGCGGGCGCUGCAGGAUUUCAGUCCUUCACGGCGUAGUGUGUUACCAAUUGUUUUCUUGGUGACUAUGGUCCCAGCUGCCUUGAGAUCAUUGACAAGAUCCUCCCGUGUAGUUCUGGGCUGAUUCCUCACCGUUCUCAUGAUCAUUGCAACUCCACGAGGUGAGAUCUUGCAUGGAGCCCCUGGCCGAGGGAGAUUGACAGUUCUUUGUGUUUUUCCAUUUGCGAAUAAUCGCACCAACUGUUGUCACCUUCUCACCAAGCUGCUUGGCGAUGGUCUUGUAGCCCAUUCCAGCCUUGUGUAAGUCUACAAUCUUGUCCCUGACAUCCUUGGAGAGCUCUUUGGUCUUGGCCAUGGUGGAGAGUUUGGAAUCUGAUUGAUUGAUUGCGUCUGUGGACAGGUGUCUUUUAUACAGGUAACAAACUGAGAUUAGGAGCACUCCCUUUAAGAGUGUGCUCCUAAUCUCAGCUCGUUACCUGUAUAAAAGACACCUGGGAGCCAGAAAUCUUUCUGAUUGAGAGGGGGUCAAAUACUUAUUUCCCUCAUUAAAAUGCAAUUCAAUUUCUAACAUUUUUGACAUGCGUUUUUCUGGAUUUUGUUGUUGUUAUUCUGUCUCUCACUGUUCAAAUAAACCUACCAUUAAAAUUAUAGACUGAUAAUUUCUUUGUCAGUGGGCAAACGUACAAAAUCAGCAGGGGAUCAAAUACUUUUUUCCCUCACUGUAUGGGCUCUGGUGAAAAGUAGUGCACUAUUUAGGGAAUAGGGUACCAUUUCGGUCGCACGUAUUGAAUGAGCUCAGUGGUGACACCUUCCUUCCUCCCUCGCUCCUUCCCUCCAUGCAGGCGGUGAAGAAUGAAGUCAAUGUGCCGUGCCUCAAGAACUUUGUGGAGAUGCUCUACCAGACAACCUUUGACCUUAGCUCCAGAAAGAAGCACUCUUUGGUAAAGUCAAUUCGGUUGCUUUCAUCUAUUUUCUCACGCGGUCAUCUGGACCUUCCCUCCCACUUCUCUCUCCUAUGUCUUGUUUCCUUUUAUUUUUAUGACGUCAACUUGUUAACUCUUAAUCUCUCUCACACCAUCAUCUCCCUCUUUCCCACUUCUCUCUUUCCCCUCUCGUUCACUUCCCCUCUCUUCUGUGGUUGACAUGUGUUCUCUCUCUUUCAGGCUCUGUAUCCUCUGGUGACAUGCCUGCUGUGUGUCAGUCAGAAGCAGUUCUUCCUCAAUAACUGGCACAUCUUCCUCACAAACUGCCUCUCGCACCUGAAGGUACACAGCACAAUCACCUCAACCAGUUACCUAACACCUAGUAUACUGGCCUAUGAAGGAAAAUGCAGACUUCCAUGCCAAUUUCACAUGUUUAUUGCAUACCAAGUUAUAUCAUUUAUUACUGUUACUAUGACUGAAACCUUAGUGCUCUUGCAUAAUGUUCUUUAGCCCAGGUACAUUGUUAGUUGUCAUAGUGCGAUGUUAGAUAUCCCCUGCACACCACAACUGGCUCCAUGAGGUGUUUUUGGUUUAAAGGGUGUGCCUUAAUGAUCAUAUCUUCCUCCUCCCCUGUCCGACAACCCCCUGCAAACCAAUCACAAACCGAUCAAGCCAGUCAAUCAUGCUCCUCUCCUGUACCAUCCUCAAGCUAAUUCAGCCCAGAUGCACUGUUGUGUGACUGUCUCCUCGCUCCUCAACUCUGAAUUGAUUCCCUUGUGGAGAUUGAUUCCCUCUGAUUCCAUGGUGGACAUGUGCUAUAAUUCCCUUUGCUCUUGUGGUGGUGAUUCUCUGAUGACUGUUGUUGAACUGACUCUAUGAUCACAAUCAGGUGGUGAUUCAGUUGCUUUUGAUUCCCUGUGAGAGAUUAGAUUCCAUAGUUUUUAAUUGACCCCCUAAGUGGUGAUUUAGAUAAGCCUAUUUGGUGCUAAUGUAAUCUCCCUUGUUUUUGUGGUGGAACCAUGAUUCUGGUGGAGAUUUGUUUGGGAAUGCGUGAUUUAGCUCCUAUUGUCCACUGGGCCAUUUUAACCCUGUCCUUGUUCUCAGAUGAUCAAUUCAAAUGCUGAUUCAAAUCCAUUCAGUUUAGUGCCUUAUCUUGUUAAGGAGAUCAAACUAAAUGGGGUUAAAAUGAUACAUUUUGUACAUUGUAUCAGACUAAUGAUGGGAUAGGAGGACCUGAUAAGAUUUCUGAGCCUAGUCGAUUGUGGGUGUUAUAGUCGUAACGUACAGCUUUUUUUCCUACCUGGUCUCCUUUCACUGUCCCUCUCCUCGCACUAUCUAUCCACUUACUUCUUACUUGCUUCACCCCUGGCCUGCAUUGUGUGUGUUUUCUGCCUUCCCUGUCAAUUUAUAUUGCACAUCUUUCAUCUCUUUUCACUUUCACAAAGUAUGAAAUAUUAGAUUAUUAAGGUACAUGUCGAAAUGUGAAGAAUUUCAUUUGGGCUAUAUUAGUCUUUAUACAACAUUAUUGAUGAAUGUUUUUUUUGGGACGUAUCAAUGUUACUGCUUUUGCAUUUCAUACUUUGCAUCUUCUGUGUCUAAUAUGAGACUGAUUCAAGUGGAUGGAAGUCAGUUAGGAGUGAGUUUUUUAUGUUUUUGUCGCACUUGUCAUUUUUGUGUUUCUAUUAUAUUUUGUCGCUCUGUUCUCUUUCUAACCUGCAUGUCUACCUCCCCACAUCCUCACACUCCGUGUCUCCUGUCGUUUUGUCUCACAUUUUCACUUGCUCCAGAUGCCGUCUAACAACAGCAUCCGAAAGCAGAUUGAGACACUGCAGGUGAGUUUGUCUGGUGUCCGUAUGGUGGCAUGACACCAUCCAAGAGGUCAUCUGACCUCGUCCUGGAGGACAGAGAGGAUGCAGCUACUUAGCCAAGGGUAACGAGGCUCUGGAGGCUGGUAGUCCUCUUAAAGUGAAACUUUUGGAGAUAAUAUUACAGAGAAAGUAGUGGUUGGACACUUGGCUAAUAGUCACACAUUUCUUUGAGAUGCAAUGUUGGCUUGCACCUUGCUGCUUUGUCUUUAUCAGGGGUUAUGGCUUUGUAGUCCCGUGUAGCUCAGUUGGUAGAGCAUGGCGCUUGCAACGCCAGGGUUGUGGGUUUGUUUCCCACGGGGGACCAGUAUGAAAAAAUGUAUGCACUCACUAACUGUAAGUUGCUGUGGAUAAGAGCGUCUGCUAAAUGACUAAAAUGUAAAACAUUUAGUAGAGGUUAGAGCAUCGUGCUGGUGAUGUCAAUAGAGUGGACUGCAUCAUGCAUCACGCACACACAUUCACAGACACCUACCUUACUCCUUGAUCUGAGGACUCGUACCAAAUUGAUCAUUGUAGUUUCUUUUUGGAGACCCAUAGAGUACUGCAGCAUUUUGUGUGCUCUAAUAGUCCCGAGUUACACCCAAUUAUCUUAUCAGUGGUGUUGACAUGCUGCUGUGUGCUGCACCCUCGCAGCUCCAUGGCCCACUGAUGGGUGGAAAGGGCAUUGCAGUACCCUUGAAAUAAUCCUUUGUAUGGCGGUCAGCUGUGUUGAUAUUGGAGUGUAUGUUGUGUGCGUGGAUUUGAUGGGCAGCACUGUGUAAUUGCACCUUUAGUCACAGAUUUUUGGGAACGCUCAGCUGUACAAACAUUCCCCGGAGUUUGGAACAUCCCAAACUACACCUAGCAUAACGUGCAUCACAAACUACACCUAGCAUAACAUGCAUCACAAACUACACCUAGCAUAACGUGCAUCACAAACUACACCUAGCAUAACGUGCAUCACAAACUACAUCUAGCAUAACGUGCAUCACAAACUACACCUAGCAUAACGUGCAUCACAAACUACACCUAGCAUAACGUGCAUCACAAACUACACCUAGCAUAACGUGCAUCACAAACUACACCUAGCAUAAUGUGCAUCACAAACUACACCUAGCAUAACGUGCAUCACAAACUACACCUAGCAUAACGUGCAUCACAAACUACACCUAGCAUAACGUGCAUCACAAACUACACCUAGCAUAACGUGCUGUGUAUCUAUAUAUAGACAGGGUCACUCUGGAGCAGAUUUGUUUUUGACCAGCUUAAAUCAUUUCAACAAUCUCAUACAUCAGUAGUUUAUUUGAGAUUAUUCAUAAAUCAUAAAUGUAAUUAGUGUGUAACUAAUGUAUGAAUCUGACAGGCUGUUAGCGCUGAAGCAGACUCAUUAUCAAAUCACAGCUGUGAGUCAUUUAUCCAUCACUGGGACAUCUCAAACAUCUCUAUAAAUGAAACGGGCCAUAUAAAUUGCCUCAUUCAGUACAGUAGGUCAAAUUGAAUGGUUUGUGUGUCAGAUCCCUGCUUCUGUGGCACGCCCCACACCAGACUUCAGUCUGUCACAGUGAGAAGACAUCUCCACAUGAUGACAGGUGGGUGAAGAAAGUGUUCUCUCUCUGACCCUUUAGAACAAAGAUCCUAAAAUGUCCCGUGUGGCACUGGAGUCACUCUACAGACUGCUGUGGGUUUAUAUCAUCAGGAUCAAGUGUGAGAGCAACACCGUCACACAGAGGUCAGUACCAGCCCGGACAGAACAGGCUAACUGUGGGCCCACUCCACACUAUCUCUGUAUGAACUGACACUGUCAAAUGAAAGUCAUCCAGACCAGCACCUAAAUCACCAUAUAGAACAAAGCAAGUGUCCACAUCACUCCUUUGGUAGAACUAGAAUCCCAUCUACACUCAGAACUGAUCUAGUCUACAGUCUCCUCUGUGAACAUCCCAGUUUAACCCUUUAAUCUUCUCCUUUUUCCUGCAGCCGGCUGCUUAGCAUCGUUUCAGCACUUUUCCCCAAAGGCUCCCGUAGCGUGGUGCCCCGGGACACACCACUCAACAUCUUCGUCAAGAUCAUCCAGUUUAUAGCUCAGGUAUGUCUUAUGAGGCCAUGCUGGAGUAGUGAUUCCCAUAUAAUUCAGCUAAACUGCAGGUAGUGGCUUUUAUCUUAUCUGUGAUUAGUGAUUAUUGGUCUGUUGUGGCUCAUUUCACAGGAAAGGCUAGACUUUGCUAUGAAGGAGAUCAUUUAUGACCUCCUGUGUGUGGGCAAAUCUCACAAGACAUUCACCAUCAAUCCAGAGGUAAGAGAUAGCCGAGAGACAACAGUAAUAAUCCAGUCAUACUCUCACUGUGAUUGCACUCUUCAUUCUCUGAGUGUCCCUUCCUGCCUCUCUCUCGCUCUCUCGCUCUCUCGCUCUCUCGCUCUCUCGCUCUCUCUCUCUCUCAGAGGAUGAAUAUUGGCCUGAGGGCCUUCCUGGUGAUAGCUGACAGUCUUCAGCAGAAGGACGGGGAACCGCCCAUGCCCACCACAGGGGCCAACAUGCCCUCAGGAAACACCCUGCGGGUCAAGAAGAUCUUCCUCGCCACCACCCUCACUGACGAGGAGGCCAAGGUCAUCGGUAGGUCAACACCUCUGAGCUCCGUCCCCAUCACAACGGGCCAUAUGACUCCUAUAUGACUAGCUUUGUUGCUAACUCUGGCAAUUUUACAUUGAUGUUGAACCUGAAAUGUUGAUUAUUGUGCACUCUACCUGUCAAAUACAUGUAUCAAAUAAAUAAAUAAGCUUAUGGGAGUGGGUCAUUUUAGGGUCCAGUGUGUAGUGUGAGAGUAAUGAAUAUGUGUGUGUUUGUAGGCAUGUCACUGUACUACCCAGCAGUGAGGAAGGCCCUGGACAACAUCCUGCGUCACCUGGACAAGGAGGUAGGGCGCUCCAUGAGCAUGACCAACGUCCAGAUGUCCAAUAAGGAGCCUGAGGAUAUGAUCACGUAAGUGCCUCUCUGACUUAAAAUAUACAGUGCCUUCGGAAAGUAUUCAGUCCCAUUGACUUUUUCCACAUUUUGUUACGUUACAGCCCUAUUCUAAAAUGGAUUAAAUAAAAGAAUAAUCCUCAGCAAUCUAUACACAAUACCCCAUAAUGACAAAGCGAAAACAGUUUUUAAGAAUUUUUUGCAAAUGUAUAAAAAAACAAAAACAGAUACCUUUAUGUACAUAAGUAUUCAGACCCUUUGCUAUGAGACUCGAAAUUGAGCUCAGGUGCAUCCUGUUUCCAUUGAUCAUCCUAGAGAUGUUUCUAUAACUGGAUUGGAGUCCACCUGUGGUAAAUUCAAUUGAUUGGACAUGAUUUGGAAAGGCACACACCUGUCUAUAUAAGGUCCCACAGUUGACAGGGCAAGUCAGAGCAAAAACCAAACCAUGAGGUCGAAGGAAUUGGCCGUAGAGCUCCGAGACUGGAUUGUAUCGAGGCACAGAUCUGGGGAAGGGUACCAAAAAAUAUAUGCCGCAUUGAAGGUCCCCAAGAACACAGUGGCCUCCAUUCUUAAAUGGAAUACGUUUGGAAUCACCAAGACUCUUCCUAGAGCUGGCUGCCCGGCCAAUCUGAGCAAUCGGGGGAGAAGGGCCUUGGUCAGGGAGGUGAACAACCAUCUCUGCAGCACUCCACCAAUCAGGCCUUUAUGGUAGUGGCCAGACGGAAGCCACUCCUCAGUAAAAGGCACAUGACAGCCCGCUUGGAGUUUGCCAAAAGGCACCUAAAGACUCUCAUACCGUGAGAAACAAGAUUCUCUGGUCUGAUGAAACCAAGAUUGAACUCUUUGGCCUGAAUGCCAAGCGUCACGUCUGGAGGAAACCUGGCACCAUCCCUACGGUGAAGCAUGGUGGUGGUAGCAUCAUGCUGUGGGGAUGUUGUUCAGCGGCAGGGACUGGGAGACUAAGAUGAAUGGAGCAAAGUACAGAGAUCCUUGAUGAAAACCUGCUCCAGAGCGCUCAGGUCCUCAGACUGAGGCGAAUGUUCACUCACCUUCCAACAGGACAACGACCCUAAGCACACAGCCAAGACAACGAAGGAGUGGCUUCGGGACAAGUGUCUGAAUGUCCUUGAGUGGCCCAGCCAGAGCCCGGGCUUGAACCCGAUCUAACAUCUCUGGAGACACCUGAAAAUAGCUGUGCAGCAACGCUCCCCAUCGAACCUGACAGAGCUUGAGAGGAUCUGCAGAGAAGAAUGGGAAAAACUCCCCAAAUACAGCUGUGCCAAGCUUGUAGCGUCAUACCCAAGAAGACUCGAUGCUGUAAUCACUGCCAAAGGUGCUUCAACAAAGUACUGAGUAAAGGGUCUGAAUACUUAUGUAAAUUUGAUAUUUCCAUUUUUUUUAUUUGUAUACAGUGGGGGAAAAAAAGUAUUUAGUCAGCCACCAAUUGUGCAAGUGCUCCCACUUAAAAAGAUGAGGCCUGUAAUUUUCAUCAUCGGUACACGUCAACUAUGACAGACAAAAUGAGGGGAAAAAAUCCUGAAAAUCACAUUGUAGGAUUUUUAAUGAAUUUAUUUGCAAAUGAUGGUGGAAAAUAAGUAUUUGGUCAAUAACAAAAGUUUCUCAAUACUUUGUUAUAUACCCUUUGUUGGCAAUGACCCAGGUCAAACGUUUUCUGUAAGUCUUCACAAGGUUUUCACACACUGUUGCUGGUAUUUUGGCCCAUUCCUCCAUGCAGAUCUCCUCUAGAGCAGUGAUGUUUUGGGGCUGUCGCUGGGCAACACGGACUUUCAACUCCCUCCAAAGAUUUUCUAUGGGUUUUGAGAUCUGGAGACUGGCUAGGCCACUCCAGGACCUUGAAAUGCUUCUUACGAAGCUACUCCUUCGUUUCCCAGGCGGUUUGUUUGGGAUCAUUGUCAUGCUGAAAGACCCAGCCACGUUUCAUCUUCAAUGCCCUUGCUGAUGGAAGGAGGUUUUCACUCAAAAUCUCACGAUACAUGGCCCCAUUCAUUCUUUCCUUUACACGGAUCAGUCGUCCUGGUCCCUUUGCAAAAAAACAGCCCCAAAGCAUGAUGUUUCCACCCCCAUGCUUCACAGUAGGUAUGGUGUUCUUUGGAUGCAACUCAGCAUUCUUUGUCCUCCAAACAUGACGAGUUGAGUUUUUACCAAAAAGUUCUAUUUUGGUUUCAUCUGACCAUAUGACAUUCUCCCAAUCCUCUUCUGGAUCAUCCAAAUGCAUUCUAGCAAACUUCAGACGGGCCUGGACAUGUACUGGCUUAAGCAGGGGGACACGUCUGGCACUGCAGGAUUUGAGUCCCUGGCGGCGUAGUUACUGAUGGUAGGCUUUGUUACUUUGGUCCCAGCUCUCUGCAGGUCAUUCACUAGGUCCCCCUGUGUGGUUCUGGGAUUUUUGCUCACCGUUCUUGUGAUCAUUUUGACCCCACGGGGUGAGAUCCUGCGUGGAGCCCCAGAUCGAGGGAGAUUAUCAGUGGUCUUGUAUGUCUUCCAUUUCCUAAUAAUUGCUCCCACAGUUGAUUUCUUCAAACCAAGCUGCUUACCUAUUGCAGAUUCAGUCUUCCCAGCCUGGUGCAGGUCUACAAUUUUGUUUCUGGUGUCCUUUGACAGCUCUUUGGUCUUGGCCAUAGUGGAGUUUGGAGUGUGACUGUUUGAGGUUGUGGACAGGUGUCUUUUAUACUGAUAACAAGUUCCAACAGGUGCCAUUAAUACAGGUAACGAUUGGAGGACAGAGGAGCCUCUUAAAGAAGAAGUUACAGGUCUGUGAGAGCCAGAAAUCUUGCUUGCUUGUAGGUGACCAAAUACUUAUUUUCCACCAUAAUUUGCAAAUAAAUUCAUUAAAAACCCUACAAUGUGAUUUUCUGGAGGAAAAAAAUCUCAAUUUGUCUGUCAUAGUUGACGUGUACCUAUGAUGAAAAUUACAGGCCUCUCUCAUCUUUUUAAGUGGGAGAACUUGCACAAUUGGUGGCUGACUAAAUACUUUUUUCCCCCACUGUAUAUUAGCAAACAUUUCUAAAAACCAGUUUUUGCUUUGUCAUUAUGGGGUAUUGAGGGGGAAAAAACAAUUGAAUUAAUUUUAGAAUAAGGCUGUAACGUAACAAAAUGGGGAAAGGGCAAGGGGUCUGAAUAUUUUCUGAAAGCACUGUAUGUGACCCAUAACAUGGGUGUUUUACUGUGUGUGUCCUUUACACGUUUGUAAACUGUGUGUUGUGUUGCAGGGGGGAGAGGAAGCCAAAGAUCGAUCUAUUCCGUACGUGUGUGGCGGCCAUCCCCAGACUGAUCCCAGACGGUAUGAGCAGACAGGACCUCAUCGAGCUGCUAGCCAAGUAAGGACCCCACUCCUUCACAUGUACAACCUCUUUCUGGGAGUAAUUGAAGAACAAAGCAAUGGGGCUUUUAUUUUCUGCAUCACUAGGAAGGACUGCGAAAGCGGUCUUUAAAAAGCUCUGUUUGUGACUGUUUGACCUGUGUCUCCUCCUCCUAAGGCUGACCAUCCACAUGGAUGAGGAGCUGCGUGGCCUGGCCUUCACCACCCUGCAGGCCUUGAUGGUGGACUUCCCAGAGUGGAGGGAGGACGUGCUCUCUGGCUUUGUCUACUUCAUUGUGCGUGAGGUCACUGACGUCCACCCCACGCUGCUAGACAACGCCAUCAAGAUGCUGCUGCAGCUCAUCAGCCAGUGGAGGCAGGCCGUCCAGACCAGCAACAAGGUGGGUGGGGAGUGGAUAGCUAUGGCAUCUCUUUUUGUCCGGUUACAUUGUGGUCUGUUCUGUGUGUUUUUAACUCUGUACAAGGAAAAGUUUUCUAACUCCUUGCUCUGUACUGUAGUAGUAGUAGGGUUAUUGUGUAUUUUGACUUGGGUUUGUGUGAGAAAGUAACUCUGUCUGUUUGUGUGUGUGCUCCAGCAGGGCCCUGGCAGCGGGCCGUCUCUGCCCCUGGAGCGCUCUCCUCUGUGGGGGGUGCUGCACGUGGUGGAGGGCCUGGCACUGGUGGUGCUGUGCAGCUGCCGCCCCGCCACUCGGAGGCUGGCUGUUAAUGUCCUCAAAGAGGUCCGAGCCCUGCACACCGCUCUGGGCAUCGCCAAGGUAACUACCAACUCGCUGAUAGAUGGGGAUCUAAAAGUGACAAAAAGAAUGAGAUGCAGUGUUUCUAAAGUAACCUCAAGUAAGGUGCAAGAGACUCACAUUCAUGGUUUCUGUCUGUCUCUCUCAGGGAGAUGAGGAGUUGGCCAUAGAUGUGAUGGACAGACUAAGUGCGUCUGUGCUGGAGAGCUUCAUCCAUCUCACAGGAGCUGACCAGGUAAGAAUGACAAAGCUGUUGUGUAAUACAGUACACACACACACAUACACACACACACACCCUGACCCCCAUUCUCCCCUCUCCCCUGCAGACCAACCUGCUAUACUGCCCCAGCGGUAUCGACCUGCAGACACUGGCAGAAUGGAGCUCGUCUCCCAUCAGCCACCAGUUUGACGUUGUCAGCCCAUCACACAUCUGGGUGUUUGCCCACGUGACGCAGGGCCAGGACCCCUGGGUCAUCAGCCUGUCCAGCUACCUGCGCCAGGAGCACCUGCCCAAGCACUGCCCCACUGCACUCAAUUACGCCUGGAUGUUCGCCUACACACGCCUACAGCUGCUCUCUCCACAAGUGGAUAUAAAGUAUGUCUCUAGGCCUUACUCUGUAAAUGUGGCUCUCGUGUGUGUGUGUGUGUGUGUGCACGUUACAUUUUAGGUUGUAAAAAGGCACUUAGAAUGGAUGUGGUUGCAGUCUGCUCAUUAGCGUGCUGGAUGAUGUCACCGGUUCGUCUAUGGUGACCGUACGGUAAACACCAUCACUGGAGACUCGGCUUGUGAUUGUGGAUAACAUCAUCCUAAUAAAUCUCUCAGCUGUAUAUGGAUAUGAGCCCUGUGAUGACGAGAGUUGGUGCCUGUCUUUUUAUAAUGUGUGUAUGUAGGUUGUAUGUGUAUAUGUGGCAGUAAUAUUCUAAUACCACCUGCCUGUUAUUAAUCUUUGACCUGUUCCCCUGCAGCAGCCCUAUAAAUGCUAAGAAGCUGAACAGCCUGAGCAGCAGUAGUGACUCGUACCUGGGGCUGUGGAGGAACUACCUGAUCCUCUGUUGUAGCUCAGCCACCUCCUCCCCCAACUCUUCCUCCUCCUCCUCCACCUCUGGCUCCGUCCGCUGCUCCCCGCCUGAGACGCUGGCGUCCACGCCGGACAGCGGCUACAGCUACGACUCAAAGGUCAGAGGGCAUGACCCUGUAGUGACCCCCUAUCCCAAAAAAAUUCUAUACAUUUUGCAAAUUUUUUACGUGGGUGCGGUCAAUGAUCAUUCCUAUGCCAAGUUGAAAAAAUAGCAUUUUUUUUUACUAUAUUUAUUUCCUUUAGUUAGAGAUUUUAGAAAUGAUUUUUAGUUGUCAUAUCGAUUUGUGAUCUUUGUGUGUAUCUAGAUUAUUGGCACUCCGUCCCCCUCAUCCCUGUUCAAACACGUUGUCCCAAUGAUGCGCUCUGAGAGCAUGGACAUCACUGAGUCACUCGUCCUGGGGCUUGGCAGGACCAACCCUGUGGCCUUCAGGUGAGGGAGCCGCCCCCCUGUGUGCAUGUGGCUGAUAGUCAUAUCUUUGUUGUUUUGAGUUGCCUGUGGUUGAAUUUGCAUAUUUGAAUAUGUCCUGGUUUGGGGUUAUUUGGUUAGUAGGUACAGUAUGUAAUGGGUGAGUAAGUGUGUGUGGGCAUGUUUACCUUAACUUCUAUUGUCUUCCAGAGAGUUGAUAGAGGAACUGAACCCCAUCAUUAAGGAGGCUCUGGAGAGAAGACCUGAGGUGGGUGCAGCUCACUGAACCCCUCACAUCUCAUUCAUGUAUCGAACAUCAAAACACUGUACUACCUACAACACUGGCCCUGCUCAGUACUGACUCUUCUCCUCUCUUGUUGCAGAACAUGAAGCGACGCAGGCGUCGUGACAUCCUGAGGGUCCAGCUGGUCCGGAUCUUUGAGCUGCUGGCUGAUGCUGGUGUCAUCAGUCAGACGUGAGUGGAAACCAGGCCAGAUGCCCUAAUAGAGAAAUAACUACAUAUGGUUAUAGUAUCCUAGUAAAGAAUCAUGGACCUUCCAUCUUUGAAUUUACUGACCCCUGUCGUUUACCCGCUGUGUGUGUGCAGGGUGAGUGGAGGUCUGGACGGGGAGAGUCACUCUCUGAACUCAAUACUGUUGGAGUAUGUGGAUCUGACGAGACAGCUGCUGGAGGCUGAGAAUGACAAAGACUCAGAUACGCUUAAAGACAUCCGUUGCCACUUCAGUGCUCUGGUGGCUAACAUCAUUCAGAACGUCCCAGGUACUACACACACACACACACACACACACACACACACACACACACACACACACACACACUACAAAGUGUAAAAUUCUGUAUAUGUGUGUUUUGUCCAUUUUUGUUUGACAUCUCUGUGUGUAUUCCCACCAGUGCACCAGAGGAGGACUAUCUUCCCCCAGCAGUCUCUAAGACACAGUCUGUUCAUGUUGUUCAGCCACUGGGCCGGGCCCUUCAGCAUCAUGUUCACCCCACUGGACCGCUACAGCGACCGCAACAUGCAGAUCAACCGACACCAGUACUGUGCUCUCAAGGUACAACCAGCUGUUCACACACACUCUAAACACUUCUGAGUCAGGAUGUGGUAAAUGUUUGUCUACUGUGGGUUUGUAGGCCAUGUCUGCAGUGUUGUGCUGUGGUCCAGUGGCUGAUAACGUAGGCCUCUCCUCUGAUGGUUAUCUCUACAAGUGGCUGGACAACAUCCUGGACUCUCAGGACAGAAAGGUAAGAGAUGAGCCCUUCUACACUGCAGCCUCACUGCUGGGCUUAAACCAUUCCUUGAUUACCACCUACUGUCCUUCAUCUGCACUGAUUUGAUCGCAAAGCAGUAUAAGACUAAACUUUCACAAUUUAAUUAUUUAGUGGUGCGGAUGAAGGAAAGGAAAUGGCUUGACUCUUGAGGUGCCUCACUGAGUGCAGUGUAUAUGGAGGGCUUGUGCUAAUGGUCCCUGAUGGUGUCUGUCUCCCCCCUGCAGGUGCACCAGUUGGGCUGUGAGGCGGUGAUGCUGCUGUUGGAGCUGAACCCAGACCAGAGUAACCUGAUGUUUUGGGCUGUGGACCGCUGCUACACUGGCUCACGCCGCGUGGCUGCCGGCUGCUUCAGGGCCAUCGCCAAUGUCUUUCACAACAGGCACGUCUCCGAUUUAUUACUCUGAUUAUAGUGCGUGUUUGUGUUUCUCUGUGUAUUAACUGAAAUGCUGUAAUCCAUCAUCUUCUAAUAUGAUUAAUAUCAUAUGCUUUACAGGGAUUACCAGUUUGACACUGUGGUGCUGCUGAAUCUGAUCCUGUUCAAGGCGGCUGAUUCAUCCAGAGAUAUCUAUGAGGUGGCCAUGCAGCUGCUGCAGGUUGGUUUGACACAUUCCUGGACACCAUGUUUAUAUACUGCCCGUGUCAGCUGGCUUUAGUCCAGUAUUUACUAAAUGUGAUUUUUCUCUGUGUGGUUCUGUUCCCCAGAUUUUGGAGCCCAAGCUCUUCCGUUACGCUCAUAAACUGGACAUCCAGAGAACAGAUGGGAUCCUGACCCCUCCCUCCCCGCUGCCACACCUCUACUCUGUCUCCUACUACCAGCUGUCUGAGGAGCUGGCCAGGACAUACCCAGAGCUCACCCUGCCCAUCUUCUCAGGUCUGCACUGUUACACACACACACACAUCACACACUGUCACAUAGUCAUCUGCCUCUUUAGGCAAAUCUUAAAUGACAUCCUGGUCAAGGUAGUGCUCUAUAAGGGAAAUAGUCUGUCAUUUGAGAUUCAGGCCUCCAGCAAUAGCUUUGGCAUUUGGUACAGAUUUGACUCUUAUUGAUGUGGUGACUGUGCUGUUUUCUACCCCAGAGGUGAGCCAGCGCAUCCAGACAGCACACCCUGGUGGUCGCCAGGUGAUGCUGCACUACCUCCUGCCCUGGAUGAACAACGUGGAGCUGGUGGACUUCAAGCCGUCGCCACGGCGACAGGAGGAGACCCCCGUCUGUGAGGAUGAGGAGGACGCCCACGAGCGUGAUAUGAUGAUGGUCAACAGCCGCCGUUGGCUCCGAGGGGAGGGCUGGGGCUCCCCGCACGCCACCACCAUGGUGCUCAACAACCUCAUGUUCAUGACUGCCAAGGUACGACCGCAACCUAACACUACACACACACAUACACACACACAUACACGAAAUUCACUGUGUUUGAACUGUAUUGCUCUUGUAUAUGCAGUACGGGGAUGAGUUUGCGUGGUCAGAGAUAGAGAACGUGUGGACCACACUGGCAGAUAGCUGGCCAAAGAACCUGAAGAUCAUCCUGCAUUUCCUCAUCAGCAUGUCAGGGGUCAACAGUGAGCCCAGCCUCCUGCCCUAUGUAAGUCCAGUUUGCACACACUAUCCUCUCUCCCUCACACACCUCCCAUAUCCAACCAUUAUUUGGUCAUCUCAAAUGUGUGUUAAAACACGUGUGUUUAUGUGUGUGUGUCCUCAGGUGAAGCGUGUGGUGGUGUACCUGGGCAGGGAUAAGACUAUGCAGCUGCUGGAGGAGCUGAUGUGUGAGCUGGACCUGACAGACCCAGUGAGCUCUGCUGUCACUCACAUGGACAACCCUCCCUACUACCGCAUCACCUCCAGCUACAAGAUCCCCUCCGUCACCUCAGCAGGUAUAUAUCACACUGUCCACUGUCUUCUAUACAUGUCCCUCCUCUAUGUUAUAGCCCCACUGUCCUGGGAUAUAAAAUAGAUGCUUGAUGUUUCUAUGGUACUUAUUCCCCCAUCUACUUCCUCAUGGACUUUUGGAGUGUAUGUAUGACUGUCAUAAUGUCAUAACAUUUUGUCAUGUUCCUCCUAAACCUUGUUGCCAUAGUUCCUAGAUGCCUUUCCCGAUCUCUGUCCACAGGAACCACCUCCAGCAGUAACACCAUGGUGCCAGGAACCGACGGUCACCAUGACAGCAGCAAGAACAAAGACCCCAACAUGGACGACAGGUAUGAGAUUCAUACACAACAUGUUCACACACACACACACACAGACCGAGACCAGACCGACCGACCGACCUGUGAGACUACAGCUGUCUCUCUCUGUUCUCUGCAGUUACACCCAUCUGGACAUCUACAGUGGUCUGAACAGUAACCUGAACCGUCAGCACCACCGCCUGGAGUCUCGCUACAGCAGCAGCUCUGGAGGAUCCUAUGAGGAGGAGAAGAGUAAGAGACCCUCCACCCAGCCGUACUAUUCUUACUUUAUGCUUUAUAUGUACACACAUCCAUGUUGCCACAGGUGUGAUAAUCCCCUGUUUUGUCCAGGUGACUCCAUGCCACUGUAUGCUAACUGGCGUCUGAAGGUGAUGGACCACAACCGUCCCGAGCCCCUCCCUUUCCCUCCCACAGGGGGCUGCUGGUCCCCUCUGGUGGACUACCUGCCAGAGACCAACACCCCUGGAGUACCCAUCCACAGGUAACCUCUACCCCCUCCACUUGACCUCUGACCUGUCUGUAUGACCUCUUCCCUGACCCAGCUGACUCUCUGGUGUGGUGUUUCUCAGGUGUAACAUAGCUAUCAUCCUACUGACUGACCUCAUAGUGGACCAUGGGGUCAAAGUGGAGUGGAGCGCCUACCUUCACCUCCUGCUGCACUCCAUCUUCAUAGGUAACUCACCGCUCACCUUAAUACAGCUGGCUGAUUACAACUUGAGUGAUGUAUACUUGUCCUUAGAUGCUUAAUUUACAGGCAAAACAAACUCUUCAUUUGCCAGUGUUCAUGUUUAUGGAAUAGAUUUCUCACCAGUCCCUUAUUUCUUCCGCCAGGGUUGGACCACCAGCACCCUGAGGUCUACGAGCACUGCAAACGCCUACUGCUUCACCUGCUGGUCGUCCAGGGAACCAACAGCAGCGUCCAAUCCCUGGCCUCUGUGCUACUGCGCAACCGAGAGUACAACGACCCCAAGGUGCUGACGGUGAAGCCACCGCCCCACGAGUUCAACCUCACAGGUCAGUAGCGCUCUGCAAAGAUCUGAGUAGUUUAGCUAAAGAACAGAAAUAUCCCUUUGUCUAGUUCUGUAUUGUCCAAUAAGAUCAGGAGGGGGCAGCAGAGAUCCAUGUCCUCAUUUGCUCUCCUGUCUUCACAGAUCAGUGUGUGAAAUCUCAUAGAUGUGUGUUUAUCUCAAGUUUAUAGCGAUUUGUCAGCCAUGAAUCGCUGUUCUCAUGUGCUUGUGUGUGUUACUCAUGCAGGAAUGUGUGACGUUGUGCCAGACUAUCAGCCAUCUCCUAUGACAGACUCAGGCCUGAGCUCCAGCUCCACUUCGUCCAGCAUCAGCCUGGGUGCAGGAGGAACCCCCCUGCCGCACCUCACCCCCACCCUAAUUAACGAGGUGGACGUCAUCGCCGAGCAGGAUGAGAAGGUCAAGGCCCUCAUCGAGUUUGUCACCUCCAGGUGAGUACCUGAGACUGCAUUUACUUGGGAAUUGAUGUAUUCUGUCAUAGCUGUAUAUAUCAGUUAUUUGUCUUGUGUGAUUUACCCUCAUGACUAACUUCUUCAUCCAAUCCAUGUAUCUGGUCUCACGCUUGCAGCCAUGUCUGAAAGGAUGGGGUAUUUCUCAAUUGCAUGUGUUUGCGUGUGAUAAUACAAUUUGUUUUUACCUUUUGGGAAGAGAAUAUCAGAGUUGGAUGUGUUGUGUGAUGAUAGUUCUGACUUCCCUAGUUUCCUGUCCUGAUUCUGUCUUUCUGUCCUGCAGAAAGCGGGGGCCCCUGUGGAACCAUGAGGACGUGUCGCCCAAGAACCCCAACAUAAAGAGUGCUGACCAGCUGAGUGUGUUCCUCAGACAUGUAGUGACAGUCUUCAAACAGUCUCAGUCAGGUCAGUGUGUUUUUUAAAGUCUGUUCCUUAUCUCCUUCUACUGUACUGUCUUUCAACAACUGACUGUCCUGUCCACAUUUGUUAGCACUCCACAAAAAUAGAUUUAUAUCAACCAUUUUUGAUUAGCAUGAAUUAUCCCUCUAUUCUAAUCUGUCUGUAACAUCUCUGCGUUUUGAUAUUAAAUAUAUCUGUGUGUUUGUUAAUCAGGUUUCCAGCUGGAGCAGUUGCUGAGUGAGGUAGCGCUGCAGACUGCUCUGUCCUGCUCGUCUCGUCACUAUGCAGGGCGCUCCUUCCAGAUCUUCAGGGCUCUCAAACAACCCCUCACAGCCGCCACGCUUUCUGAUGUCCUCUCACGUCUUGUAGAGACAGUGGGCGACCCUGGAGAGGAGGCACAGGUGAGCUACACCCCCACCUGUAUCAAGACAACCACCUUUAAAUAUGGCCUUUGGGCUAUCUUCUCUAUUACUGUUAUUACUAACUUCUGAUCUCAGAUCAGAGAGUGUCUCAGUUUGAACAGGCACUACGCUCCAGAGGGAUCAGCCACUCUGACCUGGGAUCAGUGUGGAUCAGCAGCCCCAUUAGGAAGCAGCAGCCACUGGGUACUGCAGUAUGAGGGGUCUGUCUGUCUGGGUGGUUGACCUCUGCUCCUCUGUCUCCUCAGGGUUUUGUUAUCGAGCUGCUGCUGACUCUGGAGUCAGGGAUCGACACUCUCGCUGACACCGUCAAGAAUUAUGACCUCCUCACUGCCUUGGCGAAGUAAGCACUGACCAAUUCAAUAUCUGAUACAUCCACACUCUUUUUCAACGCACUCUCUCAGGAAACACACACAUGCAUUCACACUUUCUCAACACACACAUCUUUGAGACUGUCUAAAACCCAGUGCUAGUGAAAUACUCAGAUUGUAAUUUCUUAUCCUGUAGGGUCUCUGCCCAUGAGCAGCUGCUGGGGGCUAAGUUUGCAGCCAAUAGGAAGAGCACGGGCCAGCUGAACCUGAGUAGUGGGGGUCUGUUUCACCACGGCCACUACCCCCACGGCCACGCCCGCAGCAACUCCCUCCGCGCCAGCCUCAUGGGUGAACGCAAGGGCGACCGUCGCCGCAGCAACACCCUAGAUAUCGCCGACCGGCUGGGUGGCAGCCAUGGCAACCUAGCCCGAACACAGAGCUUGUCGUCGUUGCGGGAGGGUGGAGGAGGGGGUCCUGGGGGGGAGGCCAUCCCUCCUGUGGACCCCACCAACCUGAUGGCCACGGUGUUCUGGAUAGCAGCCUCCCUCCUGGAGUCGGACUAUGAGUUUGAGUACCUGCUGGCCCUGCGGCUGCUCAACAAGCUACUGGGCCAGCUGCCCCUGGAGAACGCAGACAGCAGGGAGAGGCUGGAAACAGUGCAGGCCAAGCUGAAAUGGUACAGCUUCCCUGGUCUGCUGCAGCUCUUCCUCAAGGGUUUUACAUCAGCCUCCACCCAGGAGCUCACCAUCCACUUGCUCAGCAAGCUCAUCAGCGUCUCCCGCCACACACUGGUCGACCCCUCCAAGGUGGCAGGUAAGAGAGCAGGUAUUGAUCUUAUUGAUUUUUAUCUAGCACAAGUUCCUGGCUUCAUGCUUGGUAAAUGCCCUAGGACUUGCUGGAGCUUGCUGAUGGGUCUAGACCUGUUUCUCUUCCUGUGUUACCUCAGGAGAUCGAGAUUCACUUGAUCUUGAUGUCGUCUGUUGCUGUCUCCUUGUAGGUUUUCCUCUGAACAUCCUGUGCCUGCUGCCUCACCUCAUCCAGCACUUUGACAGCCCCACUCCGUUCUGCAAGGAGACGGCUGAUAAGAUAGCCAAGGUGUGUGCCGAGGAGAAGUCAGCCACGCUGUCUAACCUGGCCCACAUGAUGAGCCUGUACAGCACACACAGCUACUCCAGAGACUGCACCAACUGGAUCAACGUGGUGUGUCGUUACCUACACGAUGCCUUCUCUGAGAUCACCUUCAAUCUGGUCACAUACCUGGCAGAGGUAAGCACCCGCAACACCAGCCUUCAUAGAGGUAAUGAGGAGAAUCAAAGCUGACAACUUAUUUGCAUAGUCAGUCCAUGGCCUCUGGUUAAUUUACAUUUACAGUAACUUAUUUUGUUAUUAUGACAGGUCAACCGUGUUAAUUACUGAUCAGCUGGUAAGAAGAUGUCCAACAUCCAACCCAUGAUGGUGGUUGUGAGAGCCUAUUCCUAACCCUUCCCCUCUCACCCUCAGUUGCUGGAGAAGGGCCUACCCAGCAUGCAGCAGUCCCUGUUACAGAUCAUCUACAGCCUGCUGAGUCACAUUGAUCUGUCGGCUGCGCCCGUCAAACAGUUCAACCUGGAGAUCAUGAAGAUCAUCAGCAAAUAUGUCCAGGUGAGACAGACCUGGUUUCUCUUUUUCGAAUUCAGCUCCGCACUCUGACACUCUUAAAGCCUCCCAUCUCUGAGAGGAUUGAGAGAAAAUAAUGAAUGUGAAUUGGCCGAUACAGAAAUAAAGGUGUCUGACACAGAAUGUACUGUGUGUGUCACAUGGUUAGUUCAUUUCAGCAGAUAGAACCUUUGGUGUGAAUGUGUGAGGGAGAAAGCCAGAAUGACUCCCUCUACAGAGUGAUGCACUUGAAGAAUAGUAUAUAAAAGCAGGUCAUGGAUCUCAGGCCAUUUGGACACAGCCAGCCAGCCACAGCUCUUUAUGGAGGAGCCUUUUACGAGCUCUGACCCCUGGGCUCUUCAGCUGGCCUGACUACCACUCCUACCCUCCCUCACCCAGCCUCAGGAAAAUUCUCCACUUACCGACCACCACAGCAGUGGGUGCUUUUGUAUUGUAGAUUAUUUAUUUAGUGUGUGUGUUUGAAUUAAGACCUCAAUCCGUUUUUUCAAGGUUGCUUGUAAGGGAUGGCAGCCUGGUCCGAGUAGGAUCCAAUACAGUAUCAUGGGGGCACUGACUAGACAUUUUGUUCCUUCACAUCUGUGGAUAGGCUUAGAAUCGGAUAGUUUAAGGUGAAAGACAAUACAUUUCUUAACCUUCCCUAGAACAGAGGUGUGCUUUUAUCCCAUUAAAAAACCAUGAAAUCCUCUUAUUGACAAUUAACCAACGCCACCUCUGUGUUUGAUCCUGUGUGUUCCCCAGAGCCCAUACUGGAAAGAGGCCCAGAACAUUCUGAAGCUGGUGGUGUCUAGGUCGGCCAGCCUGGUGGUGCCAGACGAGGUGCAGCGCUCCUACAGCACAGAGUCCUCUGGAUCCCCAGAGAUUGCCUUCACUCGCAUCUUCAACAACUCUUCUAAAGAGCUACCUGGCAAGACACUGGACUUCCACUUCGACAUCUCAGAGGUGAAGUCUUGCCUGCUCAAUGUGUUUAUGAACUGUAGUGCUUUGUUUUAUGUUGUAACAUGUCUUUGUAUUAAACUUUAUGUGCUGCUAGUUUGGCCAGGUCUCUCUUGUAAAAUGUUUUAUUUCAGUAAAAUGAAUGUUAAAUACAAUUUUAAAAAGUACUGUCCUGAUCUCUGCACCCUCUUAUUUUUCUCAUCUUUUCGUCCUUCUCCGAUUCUUAUUUUUUCAGUUUUUCACUCUUUCCAUUUUUCUUUCACUCACCUUUUACCUUUAGCCCUACCUUUUUUAAAAAUGUAUCAGACCUGUAGAAUCUAGAUUAUUAACUGGUGUAACCUUUGACUCCCAGACGCCCAUCAUAGGGCAUAAGUACGGGGACCAGCGCACAGCUGCAGGGCGGAAUGGGAAGCCGCAGGUCAUCGCUGUGACCCGGAGCACAUCCUCCACCUCCUCUGGAUCCAACUCCAAUGGCCUGGUGCCUGUCAGCUGGAAGAGGCCUCAACUCUCUCAGGUACUUACAGCCAUUGGAUAUGUUACAAUGAGGUUUGAUAUGUUUAAAUGUCUUAUUUGUUUGUUAAUAUUUAAUUGUCGUCUUAUUUCAGAGGAGAACCAGAGAGAAGCUCAUGAACGUUCUCUCUCUGUGUGGUCCCGAGUCUGGCAUUCCCAAGAAUCCUUCUGUAAGACACCUGGCAUGUCAAACUGUGAGCGAGCAUGACUAGUGAUCAACUUCAACAGAAUAUAUCCCAGCCAUCCCUCCAUGUGGUUAUUGAACCCGUUUACCAUAACUGUUCUAUCUUUCUCUGUGUGUGUUUAGGUGGUGUUCUCAUCCAACGAGGACCUGGACUCAGGUGACCAGCAGACCAGUCUGAUCCCCACGGUGGAGGAGGUGGUGAGGGAGGAGGAUGUGCAGGGAGAAGAUGCAGGAAGUGAGCAGCAGUUUGGAGUCUUCAAGGACUUUGAUUUCCUGGACGUGGAGCUGGAGGAUGCUGAGGUGAGGGGUGAUUUACUGUACAGUAGAAGGAGCCAUCUGUGCGCACACACACACACACACACACACACACACUCUUACUUUUUAAUGUCUUGUAUAGGAUCAUUUACAAUAGUCUCUCUGCUAUUGCACCAUCAUUUCAGAUCAUGUUGUUGAUUGGUGACAAUAAAUGGUUUCAUUCAGUGUGUGUGUGAUCGUGCGCUCAAAUACGUCUGAGCGUGUGUCUUAACAUCUGUGUGUGUUUGUACAGUUCUUGGUAUGACUUUUCUUCCAUGUCCUAUAACUGUCCCUACUACCUACUCUUUCUAACCCACUUGUUACCUUUUCUCUUUUCCCGCCACAAGGAGUUCCAGGUACGUUUGGGCCAGCAGGAGCUUUUUAAAGCUGCCCUCCUAACUGCCCUGGUGUCACUCUGUCAGUCAUGUGAUUGUUGUCAUCCUGUAGAAGCACCUGUUUUGUCUGUGUAGAAACAGACAGCCAAUGAAGCAUGCCACAAAUACUUUUUUGGUUCAUGAUCAAUGUAGUCUGCACUUGAAGUGAUUAGGUCAAACAGCCUGAAAGAAUAGGUGUCAUCUCCUCCACUUCCCAUUACUGCAUACACAGCUCUUUAGAUGUGACGUGUUAGUGGCAUACAUUGUUGUGUUUUCUUGUGUUUGGUCUUGUACUUGUGCUGUUGUGAUUCAUCCACAUUUUCUCCGCUAUCUCAAACUUCAGUUAGUUCUACUGGUAUCUGACUGUUGUUUCCUUGGGUGUCCUGCAGGGGGAGAGCAUGGACAACUUCAAUUGGGGCGUGCGUAGGCGCUCCCUGGACAGCAUGGACAAGGGGGAGGGAGACGGGGACACGCCGUCCCUGCAGGAGUGCCAGUACACCGGGAGCACGCCCAGCCUCAACCUCACCAACCAGGAGGACACGGACGAGUCGUCUGAGGAGGAGGUACUGAGCGCUAGCCAGAUUCUCACCCGCUCUGGCCUAGUAAGUCUCACCCAUCACAAGGGUGGCCCUGUCCCUGCCCGCCCCCAUGCUCCUCACACAGUCCGCUGGCAUUGUGUGUGUGUGUGUGUGUGUGUGUGUCCACGCACUGAGCAGCGUUACUGCAGAGCUACAACCGUGCCUGUUAUGGGCAGGGGCUAGACGCUUGCUUCCGCUGGUAACGGGCACUAUUUCACUCCCUGCCCCCCCUUCACCCCCAAUCAUAGACCCGCUAUCCUCAUUUUACUCCUUACCCACAAACCAGUACCCCCUUCCCCCAUAAGUUAGUUUUUUAGGUAAGUAAAGUACAGACCCAAACUAUACUGAAAAUCAGUCCAGUUCAGCUUUCUGAUAUGUUUAGGUCACAGACAGACAUAGCUCAUUCACAUACACAAUAACUGUGUUUAGCUACAUAAAAAAGAAACUCAAAGGAGUCCAUAGCAUGAAAUGUAUUUAGUCAAGUUACAACUGGCAUCAAAUUAACAGCAUGUUCCUUUGUGAGCAUGAUCCCAAUAACCCAAACCUCUGGCUGCCUUUCUCUAACUCUUUGCUUUGCUCUAAAUGGCUAGUCAGCUGUUAUUCUAGAGCUGCUCUUCAGUCUAUGCUCUCCUCUUCUUCCUCAUUUGCUCUUGAUAGUGCGCUGUGCAAGUGAGACUGCCUCUAGUGGCCCAAAUACUGUAACAUGUUUAGCUUCAGAAACUGAUAUUUAUUAACUUUUAAACAAUGACAUGCAACAUUUCAUUUGCGGGCAGAAUAAUGUGAGAAUAUAUUGCUUUUCAAAUAACAAAGAUAUAUUGUAAUAAUGCCUGGAAUAUAGCAUGUUUUUAGAAUGGUAAACAUCUUAUUCUAAAAAAACUAAACCGUACACUAGCAGAUAUCCUGGAGACGUGGAGCAGAGGACCAGAUAAUAUGGAGAUAUUUAAUUAGGGGAUUUCAUUUAAUUUUGUAUUUACUAUCUAGUUCUAAAUGGAGAAGUUUAACCUUUUUUUUUCUCUCUCUCUCUCUUCCUCCCCUCACUCCAGAUGAACUGUGACUCUGCUGCGGACGAUGCCACGUCCAAUCAUGUGGACUCUCUGCAGCAGUCCCAGGAGUCGUCCAGCAGUGCCCUGUCAGAGGAGACCACAGCCCUGCUGCCCCGCCUGGACAGCCCUGCACUGGAGAUGCCCCGCUCUGACUCCAGGCAGCUGCCUGAGGUGCGACCAAUCGGGAGAACAAAAUUGUGGUGCUCCGGCUCUUUCUAGCUCCUUAUCCUCCUCUUUAAACCUCUUCCUACCUCUGCUGCGCUCCGUCUCGCUCAUGUUUCACACAGAGAGAUGGUGGCGGCCUCCUCCCUCUGUCUGCCUCUAGGGAGAGAGCUGUACCUGUUGUGCAGUAGGGGGCACUUUCUCUGUUCACAUCUCCCUCCGUCUCCAACUCUUUCUCUCAACUUGUCGUGCUGCUCUGGGUGUGUGGGUGCUGUGGUGGGCUAGCUUUUGCUUCUCUGAUUGGCUGGUUUGUGGUGCUUAAAUGUGUGAUUGGGGGAGAGAUUGUCAAUGCUCACCUCAGGCCAGCCGAAACGUCACCUCUCAAUUUGGAACCUGAACACUCAACUGAACUCACUGUUAAAUUACUGAGCACUGGACACCAGCGUCCUACUCUGCGUGGCAGACCCAUGUGUGAGUAUGAGCUAAAUUAGUUAAGUCCGCUCCAUUAGAGAGCAUUGUGAAGCAACACAGAGACAUGCAUUAGAUUAAACCAGUGAGCACAGUUAACCAGGGAACGCAAUCAGGUAAACCAUACUAACAUGCAGUCACUAACAGCUUCCAUUAUUAUCCAUUAUCUACCACUACUAACCUGUGUAACCAUGGUGAGGAUGCACUCUUGCUCAACACUUCUUCCACAGAAUGUAUAGUUCUGUCUUAAGGUUUUGUAUUGAUAGUUUAUGCUGCUCAUGUUUGUCCCCGAAGAUCCCAUUUUGAAUUGAUUGUCUCAUACACACUGACACAGGACCCACACCUGGUUAUUGUAUGAACGAAACUGAGACAGGGAAUGUUCAAUGGGGGCCGUUCUGUGAGAAAUAACACCAGUCUUUUCCCCAGUAAUGUGAAUGGAGCUUCCGUAUGAGCUCAUUCCUGUCCCUGCUUAUAACCAUCAUCUCAAUAUCAGCCCAAGGACAUCUCCCCCAUCACAGGCCCAGGUCUUAGUUUAAUGAGCCCCAGAUAAAACCAUCAAUACUAUUACUCAUCCCUCCACGACGGCCCAGACGUCCACCCACUCCUAAAAGCGUUCCGUAAUAUAGCCACUGUGCCUCAGUGACGCACUGGCAGCCUGCCACACUCUCCUCUCCUUAAUGCAUUAGACUCUUAAAUAGAAGUCCUUUCAAUUAGAUGUUCUAGAUCCCCCUGUACUCCCCACUCCUCCCUCUGUGGACGUGCCUUGCAUGAUCACCGUUGACUUUUGUUUCCUGUAAUAUGACUCACACUGUGGUUUUAAUGCAGAUAACUGCCCUGUCACACAGCACAGGAGUUUGCCAGUUGGGUAACAAUGUGGCUUUAUGUUCAACUGUCAUAUUUGACAGUUUUCAGUAUUACUGUGCUUAGCAGCUGGCUGCUACUUUUCUUACGACUGUGUAGUUUACGAUAAAACAAACCUAGUCAAAACCUUUUUAUUGACCAAAAAUAUAAUUGUCUCAUCUCAUUUUAGUAUUUUUCUUAACUACUCUAGUCAUUGAUUGUGAUCCAUAAAUCAGUAGUUUGAUCCAUCCAAAUGGCUUGGACUGCGUCAUAGUGCAACACAUCUCAUCUAUCUGAAGGCCUUUUAGCUCUCAGCCUGUCGUCUGGCCAUGAUGUCAGUGUUUUAUUACCCUGAGGGUCACAUUCUUAAUGGCAGGCCAGCUCCAUAGAUUGAUAUUAGCCCUUCUGUUUAUUGAUUUGCCUUUCUCUAGACACAAAUUUAGAGUAUGAACUGUGAAGUGAAUAUCCAUCUCUUGAAUUAUGCUGACCAAGUCUCCCUCUUGUAUAGUUAAGAAUAAUAUUAUAUUCUUUAAUGUUAUACACUGCUCAAAUAAAUAAAGGGAACACUUAAACAACACAUCCUAGAUCUGAAUCAAUGAAAUAAUCUUAUUAAAUACUUUUUUCUUUACAUAGUUGAAUGUGCUGACAACAAAAUCACACAAAAAUUAUCAAUGGAAUUCAAAUUUAUCAACCCAUGGAGGUCUGGAUUUGGAGUCACCCUCAAAAUUAAAGUGGAAAACCACACUACAGGCUGAUCCAACUUUGAUGUAAUGUUCUUAAAACAAGUCAAAAUGAGGCUCAGUAUUGUGUGUGUGGCCUCCACGUGCCUGUAUGACCUCCCUACAACGCCUGGGCAUGCUCCUGAUGAGGUGGCGGAUGGUCUCCUGAGGGAUCUCCUCCCAGUCCUGGACUAAAGCAUCCGCCAACUCCUGGACAGUCUGUGGUGCAACGUGGCGUUGGUGGAUGGAGCGUGACAUGAUGUCCCAGAUGUGCUCAAUUGGAUUCAGGUCUGGGGAACGGGCGGGCCAGUCCAUAGCAUCAAUGCCUUCCUCUUGCAGAAACUGCUGACACACUCCAGCCACAUGAGGUCUAGCAUUGUCUUGCAUUAGGAGGAACCCAGGGCCAACCGCACCAGCAUAUGGUCUCACAAGGGGUCUGAGGAUCUCAUCUCGGUACCUAAUGGCAGUCAGGCUACCUCUGGCGAGCACAUGGAGGGCUGUGCGGCCCCCCAAAGAAAUGCCACCCCACACCAUGACUGACCCACCGCCAAACCGGUCAUGCUGGAGGAUGUUGCAGGCAGCAGAACGUUCUCCACGGCGUCUCCAGACUCUGUCAUGUCUGUCACAUGUGCUCAGUGUGAACCUGCUUUCAUCUGUGAAGAGCACAGGGCGCCAGUGGCGAAUUUGCCAAUCUUGGUGUUCUCUGGCAAAUGCCAAACGUCCUGCACGGUGUUGGGCUGUAAGCACAACCCCCACCUGUGGACGUCGGGCCCUCAUACCACCCUCAUGGAGUCUGUUUCUGACCGUUUGAGCAGACACAUGCACAUUUGUGGCCUGCUGGAGGUCAUUUUGCAGGGCUCUGGCAGUGCUCCCCCUGCUCCUCCUUGCACAAAGGCGGAGGUAGCGGUCCUGCUGCUGGGUUGUUGCCCUCCUACGGCCUCGUCCACGUCUCCUGGUAGCGCCUCCAUGCUCUGGACACUACGCUGACAGACACAGCAAACCUUCUUGCCACAGCUCGCAUAGAUGUGCCAUUCUGGAUGAGCUGCACUACCUGAGCCACUUGUGUGGGUUGUAGACUCCGUCUCAUGCUACCACUAGAGUGAAAGCACCGCCAGCAUUCAAAAGUGACCAAAACAUCAGCCAGGAACCAUAGGAACUGAGAAGUGGUCUGUGGUCACCACCUGCAGAACCACGUAUUGUCAAUCAGUGUUGCUUCCUAAGUGGACAGUUUGAUUUCACAAAAGUGUGAUUGACUUGGAGUUACAUUGUGUUGUUUAAGUGUUCCCUUACUUUUUUUGAGCAGUGUAUAUUGAGGAAGCCAGUAAUGUUUCUAUUUCAGGCAUAGAUAAAGGUUAAGUAGAUAUUCUUAGGGAGAAUCUUAGGGAGAUUCUCAGAAGGGCUGUUGCUGUGGCAACUGUAAGGUCUCAAGAGAAUGUGUCAUUUUGCGUGAGUAGUGUUAUAGUACAGUGGUUUUCAAACCUCUCCUCGGGGAGCACCAUCAAUUCCAUGUAUUUGAUAUAUUCCAGAGCUAGCACACCUGAUUCAACUUGUCAACUACAUAGCAAGGCCUUGAAUAGGUGAAUCAGGUGAGCUAGUUCAUGGCUGCAACAAAAUUGUGAAACACUUGGGGGUCCCCGAGGAGAGGUUUGAGAACCACUGUUUAUACUAUAUAUUUAACCUGCUCCUGAACAACUCCUGCUGGCUGUGUUGUUCAGGAUGGGGUCAGCAUGACGGCGGCAGACGAGCUGAGCAGCAGCGUGAGCACAGACACGGGGUUUGGCAGCAGUGCCCCCGCACUGCCCCCGGACCCCCCUGAGCUGUGUGACCUCACAGACUCUCAGGACCCUCACGACGACCUGGACUCGGCCCCCCCUCGCCUGCCGGCCUUAGACACCCCGCCAGGGUCCCUCUGUGAGGAGGGGGACUCCCCUAUGACCCUGCCCCUGCUGCUGCCCCCCAUCCCAGACAGUCCCUGUGGCUCUGUGUGUGAGGAGGACGUGACGCUGGCGCUGAAGGAGCUGGACGAACGAUGUGAGGAGGAGGAGGCCGACUUCUCUGAUAUGUCCAGGUAAGACUGCUUUACUCUACUGACUUUACUGUCCAAUAUCAGAUGACCUGUACCAGUGGCCAAAGGUGCAGUGGUUGUGGCCUCUAGUCAGAUAUCUGUUUGUAUGUCUUCAGGUGUAUAAAUUAUUAAUUACGUAUUGGCAGAUAUACAUUGGUCCUGUCUCUAGAUUGACAUUCUGUUUACAUUUGCAUACCUGUUUUCAGUUCAUACUUGCAUGUGGACAACCAUAUGGACAAGCGGAAUCUGUGGGGAGUGAGCCAGCAACUGGAGUAUUGCUGGCAUUAAUAUCUCAGGUGCCACCUACUGCCGAUGUGCCCUUGAGCAAGCCACUUUACCCCCUAACCUGCUCCAGGGGCAUUGCUCUGCGGCUGACCCUGUGGUGCUCCCAACCUGUGUGUGUUGUGUGGUGGAUCUGGGUACUGUGACAGCAAAUAUUGUAUGUGCUAAAGACGCUGUGUUGGAGUCUCUGUGUGUGUGUGUCGGGUCUGUGUUGGAGCUGCUGUAACGGGUGACCUCAUCACUGGCUCUACUCCCAUUUGGGCUGGGUGGGAGCUGAGGGCAUCUCUCUGAAGGUGGGCCAGCUCUGGCUCCUCUUUGCCUUUUUAUAUACACACUCAUCAAGGUGGGCCAACUCUGGUUAGAGGACACUGGUCACAUUGCAGCCACAAAUCAACUCUAUUCAACUAGCGGAGAUUUAGAAACCACGCACACACUUCUUGCUUGUUCAUUCAAUACACGUGCUUAAAUGAAUUUUCCCCCUCUCCAAAAUCCAGGCAGUUUGAUUGAUCGCUGGAGGGAAUGGCAGUACUCCAAAUGAUCCUCCCCCGGAAAACAAAAGGGCUGUGCUGCGUGUGCGCGUGCAUGAUGUGCGUAUGAUGUGCGUGCUAGCCAGAAAGCUUAAAUCAGCAGAAGGCUGGUUGGGGCCUUGCUCUGUGUUGCUGCGUAUAUGUGUGUCAGAUUCUGGGCUCAGAGCUCUGCUCUGUAGUCCUUUGUGGGACGGUACGGUAGUGCAGUGUUCUAGGCAGGCUAGCGCAGCGUGCAGAGAGACGCUGUGUUACCGUGCUGCAGAGAGGCAGGCAGAGAGAGUGAGGGAGAGGCGCUAGUUAAGGUGAGGAUGAGGAUGAAGACUGUGUCCUCCACAGCGCUCGGCAGCACAGGCAUCAGAUACUUCUACUCUGUCUGCUUCAUCAGGCUGUUUGGUCCCACAGGCCUGUGAGUAUCAGGGUGCGAGUGCGUUUGUGUGUUAAGAUGGUAAAGCGCCAUGUGUUGUCUGCUCUGGCUCUGAAGUAGAUCUCUGCUGAAACAACACUGCAGCAAAAACAUCUGCAGUGAGAGAGGAUCAGAGAGAGGAGGGUGAGAGAGAUGUGUGUGUGUGUUUAUAGAGAGAGUGGUUGUUUUGGUUGCAGUCAGAGCUAGGGUGUGUGUGUGUGUGUGUGUGUGCUUGUGCCUUCAGAAUGAGGUGAAUCCUGUGUGUAUGUCAGUAGUACUGAAACAGAUCCUGUGUGUUUAUAUUUUCAGUCAAGAUGAGGGCGAUCAGGAUGGUUUCCAAGAGAUCCAGGCCUCUCCUCCCCCCUCACCCUUCCUCUCUGCCAUCCUGGCAGCUUUCCAGCCUGUUGCCUAUGAGGAUGAGGAGGAUGCUUGGCGUGUCCAUGUCAACCAGAUGUUGUCGGACACGGAUGGGUCCUCUGCAGUGUACACCUUCCAUGUGUUCUCACGACUAUUUAAGGUGAGAGAGGAGGAGGAGUAGGCUAUAUUUAGUGUAUGUUUUCUGUGUUUAUUUUUGUUUUGUACUGUAUGUACACUGAGUGUACAAAAUAUUAAGAACACCUGCUCUUUCUAUGACAGACUGACCAGGUGAAUUCAGGUGAAAGCUAUGAUCCCUUAUUGAUGUCACUUGUUAAAUCCACUUCAAUCAGUGUAGGUGACGGGGAGAAGACAGGUUAAAGAAAGAUUUUUAAGCCUUGAGACAAUUUAGACAUGGAUUGUGUAUGUGUGCCAUUCAGAGGGUGAAUGGGCAAGAGUGCCUUUGAACAGGGUAUGGUAGUAGGUGCCAGGCACACCGGUUUGUGUCAAGAACUGCAACUGCAACUGGGUUUUUUAUGCUCAACAGUUUCCCAUGUGUAUCAACAAUGGUUUCGACACCUUGUAGAGUCCAUGCCCCGACGAAUUGAGGCUGUUCUGAGGGCAAAAGGGGGUGCAAGUCAAUAUUAGGAAGGUGUUCUUAAUGUUUUGUACACUGUGUAUUUGUCGUGUGUGUUUGCUCUGUUGACUGUGUUGUUGUCUUGGUGUCUGCAGAGCAUGCAGAGAAAGUUUGGUGCCAUCACCCACUCGUCAGUGCGUUUCCUGGGAGAGAGGCUGCAGCGAAUGGGGAACCAGUUCCUCAGCUCCUUAGAGGUCAUGACCUCGCGCUCCCAGUGCCCCACGGUGCUGUUGGAUGCUGAGACGGUGAGUCUGCCCUGCUAACCCAAAGAUGACAACUUCCUUAAUAAUCUAAAGAUUAUAUUGCGUAAUCUCUCUGGUUGCAAAAGGGAACAAUGACAAAGCUAAUUGUAGCAUGCUUGUUAAGAUAUUUUUAGCGAUAGCAGUAGUUAUAUUAUAUUAGCCGUGCUUGUUAUGCAUGCAAUUUCAUGUUAUGCAUAUUGCAUGAUGGACAGUAUAAGGGUCUUUCUAUAAACUAGGGUACCAGGGAGGGUUUCCUGCGGUGGACAACCUAUUUACAGCUAUUGAUAAUAAUCUGCCUUUUCAUGUCGUUACAUUUAAGAUAUAAGGGGGGAACAUGGCUACAUAUAUCUACGUGUAUAGUAUACAUAUUUCUUUUUCAACCCUUUCUCAUGGUUCGUGUCUUGACAAAUUUGUCCAAAAUUGUGACAUAAAACACUAUUCUUUCACUGCAUUUCUGUGUGUUACGGGUCCCGAAUUAUUGGAUCCCUUGAUAAAGAUGAGCAAAAAAAGGAUGUAUAAAAUAAAUAAUAAAAAUACUGAGCUAUAUUGUAUGCUCAACAUUUUUUUAAAAUAUUAUUUUAUACUUAUAAAACAACAGCUGUGAUGGAAACAUUAAGUUUCAGUAAAAUUGUAUACAGUGGGGGAAAAAAGUAUUUAGUCAGCCACCAAUUGUGCAUGUUCUCCCACUUAAAAAGAUGAGAGGCCUGUAAUUUUCAUCAUAGGGACACGUCAACUAUGACAGACAAAUUGAGAAAAUGUUUCCCAGAAAAUCACAUUGUAGGAUUUUUUAUGAAUUUAUUUGCAAAUUAUGGUGGAAAAUAAGUAUUUGGUCACCUACAAACAAGCAAGAUUUCUGGCUCUCACAGACCUGUAACUUCUUCUUUAAGAGGCUCCUCUGUCCUCCACUCGUUACCUGUAUUAAUGGCACCUGUUGGAACUUGUUAUCAGUAUAAAAGACACCUGUCCACAACCUCAAACAGUCACACUCCAAACUCCACUAUGGCCAAGACCAAAGAGCUGUCAAAGGACACCAGAAACAAAAUUGUAGACCUGCACCAGGCUGGGAAGACUGAAUCUGCAAUAGGUAAGCAGCUUGGUUUGAAGAAAUCAACUGUGGGAGCAAUUAUUAGGAAAUGGAAGACAUACAACACCACUGAUAAUCUCCCUCGAUCUGGGGCUCCACGCAAGAUCUCACCCCGUGGGGUCAAAAUGAUCACAAGAACGGUGAGCAAAAAUCCCAGAACCACACGGGGGGACCAAAGUAACAAAGCCUACCAUCAGUAACACACUACGCCGCCAGGGACUCAAAUCCUGCAGUGCCAGACGUGUCCACCUGCUUAAGCCAGUACAUGUCCAGGCCCGUCUGAAGUUUGCUAGAGUGCAUUUGGAUGAUCCAGAAGAGGAUUAGGAGAAUGUCAUAUGGUCAGAUGAAACCAAAAUAGAACUUUUUGGUAAAAACUCAACUCGUCGUGUUUGGAGGACAAAGAAUGCUGAGUUGCAUCCAAAGAACACCAUACCUACUGUGAAGCAUGGGGGUGGAAACGUCAUGCUUUGGGGCUGUUUUUCUGCAAAGGGACCAGGACAACUGAUCCGUGUAAAGGAAAGAAUUAAUGGGGCCAUGUAUCGUGAGAUUUUGAGUGAAAACCUCCUUCCAUCAGCAAGGGCAUUGAAGAUGAAACGUGGCUGGGUCUUUCAGCAUGACAAUGAUCCCAAACAAACCGCCCGGGCAACGAAGGAGUGGCUUCGUAAGAAGCAUUUCAAGGUCCUGGAGUGGCCUAGCCAGUCUCCAGAUCUCAACCCCAUAGAAAAUCUUUGGAGGGAGUUGAAAGUCCGUGUUGCCCAGCGACAGCCCCAAAACAUCACUGCUCUAGAGGAGAUCUGCAUGGAGGAAUGGGCCAAAAUACCAGCAACAGUGUGUGAAAACCUUGUGAAGACUUACAGAAAACGUUUGACCUGUGUCAUUGCCAACAAAGGGUAUAUAACAAAGUAUUGAGAAACUUUUGUUAUUGACCAAAUACUUAUUUUCCACCAUAAUUUGCAAAUAAAUUCAUUAAAAAUCCUACAAUGUGAUUUUCAGGAUUUUUUCUUCUUCUCAUUUUGUCUGUCAUAGUUGACGUGUACCUAUGAUGAAAAUUACAGGCCUCAUCUUUUUAAGUGGGAGAACUUGCACAAUUGGUGGCUGACUAAAUACUUUGUUUCCCCACUGUAAAUGCCGACAGAAUUCGUUCGUUUGACAUGGUGAUAUUUUUGUUGGUAAAAUUAAUUAUGUGAGAAAUGGCGGUGGAACGCCUUUGUGUUAAUAUUGAUAUAAUAACCAUCAUAUCGAAGUAAAGUUGUCACGCGAUGAUAUGCUGUGUGGUCCUCCCACUACGACUCUGGAAACCAUGCAGUUUAUUAGGCUACAGAUUAAAUAAAUUAUGAUGAACUUCACAGGGGUGGUGAAAGUGCACGGUGAUGAGCCUGAUGCUCCUUUACUAUAAAUAUUGAGGGUCUUAUUCUGGUGACUUGACAUUCAUCCACCUCUGGCCUGCUAGCUCCCCUACCUCUACGGAAGCACAGUUCCCGCUCAGCCCAGUCAAAGCUAUUCGCUGCUCUGGCACCCCAAUGGUGGAACAAGCUCCCCCACGACGCAAGGACAGCGGAGUCACUAACCACCUUCCGGAGACACUUGAAACCCUACCUCUUUAAGGAAUACCUGGAAUAGUAUAAAGUAAUCCUUCUACCCCCCCCCCCCCCCCCCCCCCCCAUAAAAAAAGAAGACAAUUUGCAUAUUUUCUUUAUGCAGAUUUUUUAAUAUUUGCAUGAAAAUCUGUCCUAGCUAUUGAGCCUUUUUCUUAAAUGCUUUAUAAGAUUGGAGAGCACAUUGGAAGGGAUCUUGGACCAUUCUUUCAUACAGAAUCUUUCCAGAUCCGUAAGAUCCUUCUGCUAAAUGUUGGUUUUGUGGGCAGUUAAAGGUGCAAUAUGCAGAAAUCGCUCCGCCAUUUCCUGGUUGCUAAAAUUCGAAUAGUUCGCCUAAUUUCAGUUUGUGACAAAAUAAGCUAGUAUAGUGUAGAGAAUCAUUGUACCGUCUAAACCACUGUGAAAUAUAUUUUCAAUAACCAAAAAUAUUGUAUUUUCAGCUGUUUGAAGCUGAUGUACAAAACCAAAAGUAAAAGACAAAAACACUUAAGACCAGGAAGCAUAGAAAUAAUGCACAUAGAACAUAUCUACCACUUCUUACACUUGCUUUCAAUGAGAAUGACAGAUCUAUAUCUCACAAUUCUAUGUGAAGUAUAAAAUGGAUAAGAUACACUUGUAACCCUCUCACCAGGCUCAAAUUUGACUCUCACAAUAUUACCUUAUUUAGAAUAUCUGAACAGCAUGGGAUAUUAGGUGAGAAGGACAUCUCCAAUAAGAAUCCCUAUUGUAAACUUGCUAGGGUGAAUGACAAAUAGGGUAUUAACUUCAGAUAGAAUGAUUAUAGACUUGGUUAUUAUUAUAAGGAUAUGCUUUCCCAUGCAUUAAAUGAAACUGAAACAGUAAAUGACUCCACCAAUAUAACAGACAUAAGGUUCAAGAUCUAUAUUAAUCAAAUUUUCAAUGUAUCACAUCAGAAGAAAUAAAAAUAAUAAACCCCAAUGAUUCUUCCACAACCCAUGUCCAAAUUAUUUGCAAGCUUGCUUAAACCCUGGGCGCGUGUUGGAGCUAAAAAAAAAAUGAAGACAUACAUAAAGUCCCGAAGUCCACCCCACAUUUGUAGUUACUCACUACUUGUAGAUAAUGCCUCAGCAAAAUAUAGUAGUUCCGUGCAGGUGUCCUCACAAGAUCCACAGCGAACACAGCUAUCAAUGCAGCCAGUACUCGGUAGCAGCAACAGACAUCUGUUGGAAACCCGAACUCGUUGAUCGUCACAAGCAAUUCUCUCCAAGUCUUGCACAAUGCUAGGCUAACCUCUAGGAUGUCGAAUGUCUCCACAAUGCGACGGCAGCUUCAGUCUCCACUAGGUCUUUCUUAACUAAAUAAGAAAGACCUUAACAAAAUCAGGAUUUCCCUUAAAAAAAACUCUGUAGGUAUGGUUUUGUUCUCUCUUUAUCGUUUCCUUUGGUCGUUUUUCUUUCACCAACCCCACUAACGUCUCUCCUCUCCCUUCUUUCAACCUUUCCCUCUCUUUUCUUUCCCAGCAACCAGUCCACUCUCCCAUUGGCCACAACGUAAAAAGUUACCUCAUUGGUCAAAACUUUAACGAGAUACGUGGGAAACUUAAACUUAAAAGUAAACCAACCUAUUCACUUGUAAAAAAAAUAUUAAACAUUGCUUCAAAAUAAAUGCAUUAAUGACAUUACAAAUCAGGAGCUAUUCGAUCACCUUUUAAAUCUAAUACCAAUGAAUUAUAACAAAUAAACUCUAUACGUGGUUUUAGCAAGGUAUUACACACUUAAGCGAAAAAGUACAUUUUGUGUGCACUAUGUCAUCACAGACUGAUUUUUGUCCGCAACAAGUCCGUUUGGUGGAAACACACCACUGGAGGGAAAAUGCACAUAUUUUCUUUAUGCAGAUUUUAGAAUAUUCGCAUGAAAAUCUGUUGCCAAUUGGACAGAAACCUAGCUAUUGUUAGAAAAAAGUUUGGUCCAACUUGGAUGUUAGGUACUGUAUUUAUUGAAUGUGUGUUGUCGGGUCUGUCUGUGUCUUAGUUGGUCUCAUGUGGACUGCUGGAGACUCUGAAGUUUAGUGUGCUGGAGUUACAGGAACACCUGGACACCUACAAUGGCAAGAGGGAGGCGGCCGAGGAGGUGAGCUCUCCAUCUCAUCCUCAUUUUCAGCUAUACAGUACAUACUCUCAUCCCUAGCUACAGUACACUCUUACCUACCGUUUCCUGAACCCCUAGAUUACACAAUCCCACAUCCUUAUUCCAUCCAAUUAUGGCUAAUGAUCAUACCGCAUACCUGUAUUCAGACCAUCCCUGCACCAGACCACUGGUGGUACUUCAAUGGCCUCUCAUUCCUAGUGAGGAAGGCUCAAUGAGGCUCUAGAUUACGCCAAAUUUCCUCUCCAGAUCAGGGAGGAAGAGGCUGAGAGAACAGAACAGAGACAAUGAGCUGAGUCAUAAGGAGGUAAAUGGGUUGGGUGUCUCAUCGUUGGGUCAGCCAUUGAAUCACAGGGAGGAUAUGAGUGGAUUUAGCGUCCUUUAGCGUCCACAUUACUAGCGACAUCCCCUGCUGACGGGCUAAAAAUAUCCCCUGGCGCUCCUAAAUCAGUUAGAGGGAAUGAAAGGAGGGGAGGAAGGAGAGAUGGGGGGAGGAAGAGGUAAAGAGGACAGAUGUGAUUGCGAGAGAGAGAGAGAGGGAUGCAGACAGAGCUUGGGGAUGCUGGGGCGCUAAUUGAAUGAGACGGGUGCGGUCCCUGGAGGAUUGAUCUCCGCCCCGCUGCACUAGAACAGACCCUCUGUAAUUCGCUAAGUACAGCACUCUUAUUAAAUCUACCCAACUCCCCCCACCCACCCACCCAACCCCAACACACACACACUUCGAAGAAAAAAGACUUGCAUAGACUGGUAUCAAUCUCAUGAUGUAUUCUCUCUCUCCCUUCCUCCCUUAUCCCAAUCCCUACAGUGGCUGGAGAACUGCAGGAAGACGUUUGGCAACAAAGAUGGCAACCAACGACCCAACACUCAGGCACAGGUAUGACUAACCCACACACAUCUGAACACAGCAUUGUUACGUGUAGAAAAAUGUGACUACAAAGUCUGUUUUGUUUUCAUGUGUGCCUUUUCUAAUGCAAUCAAACACUCGAUAAGCAUGGGAACGUGCCUAUUGAAACAUUUUGUUCUCCGAGAAAAUGCAUUUAUAUCCCCUCUCAUCCUCAACAAAAUAUUUUAAUUUCCUACAAGCUCAUUGAUAUAAUUAGAGCCUCAAAGGAGACAUAAACAGUCUGUCUUACACAUCCUUUGGCCACUGGUCCUAAAGCCAGUAUUACUUCAGCUCAUCAUGGUAGAUGUACAGUGCAUUCGGAAAGUAUUCAGACCCCUUGACUUUUUCCACAUUUUGUUACAGCCUUAUUCUAAAAUUGAUUCAAUUAUUUUGUUUUACUCAUCAAAGCAAAAACAGGUUUUUAGAAAUCUUAGUAAAUUUAUUAAAAAUCAAAAACAGAAAUACCUUAUUUACAUAAGUAUUCACUCUUUGCUAUGAGACUCGAAAUUGAGCUCCGGUGCAUCCUGUUUCCAUUGAUCAUCCUUGAUGUUUCUACAACUUGAUUGGAGUCCAACUGUGGUAAAUUCAAUUGAUUGGACAUGAUUUGGAAAGGUGCUAACCUGUCUAUGUAAGGUCCCACAGUUGACAGUGCAUGUCAGAGCAAAAACCAAGCCAGGAGUUCAGAGGAAGGCCCUCAAAAUUGUCAAAGACUCCAGUCACCCUAAUCAUAGACUGUUCUCUCUGCUACCGCACGGCAAGCGGUACCGGAGUGCCAAGUCUAGGUCCAAAAGACUUCUCAACAGCUUCUACCCCCAAGCCAUAAGACUCCUGAAUAGCUAAUCAUGGCUACCCGGACUAUUUGCACUGCCCCCCCACCCCAUCCUUUUUACGCUGCUGCUACUCUGUUAAGUAUUUAUGCAUAGUCACUUUAACUCUACCCACAUGUACAUAUUACCUCAACUACCUCAACUAGCCGGUGCCCCCGCACAUUGACUAUGCAACGGUACCCCCCUGUAUAUAUAGCCUCCCUACUGUCACUUUAUUUUAUUGUAUAUAUAGCCUCCCUACUGUCACUUUAUUUUACUUCUGCUCUUUUUUUCUCAACACUUUUUUGUUGUUGUUUUAUUCUUACUUUUUUGUUUAAAAUAAAUGCACUGUUGGUUAAGGGCUGUAAGUAAGCAUUUCACUGUAAUGUCUGCACCUGUUGUAUUCGGCGCAUGUGACCAAUACAAUUUGAUUUGAUUUAAUUUGAAAUGAAUUGUCCGUAGAGCUCCGAGACAGGAUUGUCUCGAGGCACAGAUCUGGGGAAGGGUACCAAAACAUUUCUGCAGCAUUGAAGGUCACCAAGAACACAGUGGCCUCAUCAUUCUUAAAUGGAAGAAGUUUGGCCGCCCGGCUAAACUGAGCAAUCGGGGGAGACCAAGAACCCAAUGGUCACUCUGACAGAGCUCCAGAGGUCCUCUGUGGAGAUGGGAGAACCUACCAGAAGGACAACCGUCUCUGCAGCACACCACCAAUCAGGCCUUUAUGGUAGAAUGGCCAGACGGAAGCCACUCCUCAAUAAAAGGCACAAUACAGCUCGCUUGGAGUUUGCCUAAAGGACUCUCAUACCAUGAGAAACAAGAUUCUCUGGUCUGAUAAAAACAAGAUUGAACUCUUUGGCCUCAAUGCCAAGCGUCACAUCUGGAGGAAACCUGGCACCAUCCCUACGGUGAAGCAUGGUGGUGGCAGCAUCAUGCUGUGGGGAUGUUUUUCAGCGGCAGGGACUGGGAGACUAGUCAGGAUCAAGGGGAAAAAUGAACAGAGCAAAGUACAGAGAGAUCCUUGAUGAAAACUUGCUCCAGAGCGCUAAGGACCUCAGACUGGGGCUAAGGUUCACCUUCGAACAGGACAACGACCCUAAUCACACAGCCAAGACAAAGGAGGAUUUGUUUCAGGACAAGUCUCUGAAUGUCCUUGAGUGGCCCAGCCAGAGCCCGGACUUGAACCCGAUCUAACAUCUCUGGAGAGACCUGAAAAUAGCUGUGCAGCGACCCGCCCCAUCGAACCUGACAGAGUUUGAGAGGAUCUGCAGAGAAGAAUGGGAGAAACUCCCCAAGUACAGGUGUGCAAAGCUUGUAGCGUCAUACCCAAGAAGACUUGAGGCUGUAAUCACUGCCAGAUGCUUCAACAAAGUACUGAGUAAAGGGUCUGAAUACUUAUGUAAAUGUCAAAUUUCCAUUUUUUAUUUUUAAUACAUUUGCAAAAUGUUCAAAAAAACAGUUUUUGCUUUGUCAUUAUGGGGUAUUGACAAAAUCGGUUUUAGAAUAAUGCUGAAAUGUAACAAAAUGUGGAAAAAGUCAAGGGGUCUGAAUACUUUCUGAAUGCACUGUAGCUGAUCUGAGGUCAGCCGAGUGCCCCUACUGUGCGGCCUUCUCCUGUCCCUUGAUAUUGUUUAGUAUUCUGACCACACUGCUGGAGGUUAUAGAUUUCUGCUUGCUCCCCUCCCUCUCCCCCUCUCUUUCAGGUCAGAGGACAUACUUGGCUGUGAAAGAGGAGCUAUUACAGACUAAAGCUCUGUUGUACUGUGAUCAGCAGAGGAGCACCUACUCAUUCACUGUUCUCUUCUACUUAACCCCCUCCCACUGUUCUCCACACGCUCUCUUUUCUUCAGAUUAUCUCUGUCCCCCUUCUCUCACUGUCUACAUCCUCUCUUUGUUUUCUGUCUGUAUUUCUACACUGCUUUGACUUGAACACACUGAUCCUAGACCAGCUGAUGUGAGCUGUGUUCUCUAAGAACCACUGUUGGGACUGAGCCCCCCUGACCUGGGAACAGGUGUAAGGAUGGAGUGGUUGUUACUCCUGUCAGGUCACUGUAUCAGGGUUGCGAUGUGAAGGCUCACUAAUUCUUGGUCUUUCUCUCUUCCCGUUUUGUUUGUUGUUUUUGUGACCUGCUCACCCUCUUGCUUAGCAAAUGGAAAAACUAGCAGUAAGUGGUUCUCUAAGUAUUCUAGACUCUAAUAUAAUCAUGAUGUCCGGACAACACACUGAUCAUCUCAUCCCUCCAUGUGUACCUGCUGCUGUCGUCAACCAACCACGGCCUGGGCCCUCCCACUCUGACUCCACCCCUCUCUCAUAUAACUCUGCUACAAUCCCCAUCUACCCAAAUCAUAGUGUUUAUCAUCGUUAUGUACGCAGAUAUAUGCUUUACUUUUGGCUUCGCCUUUGACUGAAUCAUCUUAUCAACUUCUUAACUCUUCCCUACUGAUCUGACAGUAGAUGUAAAAUCUCUCAAAUAAAAUCAAUUGUAGUAGUUGUCUACCUGAUUUGAGAGGGGGAUGGGGUUAUGGGGAGGAGAGGAUGGAGAGAGAGAGAGCUGUGAAGCCAUGUUUAGUCUACCUUCAUUUUGCAUGCUUAUUGCUCCAUUCCCAUAUCUGUUCAAAUUCCCAUUUUUCCAUCAUGUUUUCCUGGAUUAGGGACAAUGUUUGAUAAUUCCAGUCACAUAUUUGGUCGGUAUAUCUCUGUGCUUGGACAUACUGUACCUUAACCAUAGGGGGCCAGACAGACAGACAGGUGGUGAUGGUCGGUAAAUAACCUAGUCCUCCAUGGCUAAUGAUGACAGCCUGUGGUUGGUUAAUAGUGCUAGCUAGACCCUCCCCUAUGGCUCCGGGCCUCGUCCGGUCUCUGUAGGGACCAUCGUUCCACUCCGCACUGGGCCUCUUUAACCCUUUCAUCUCCUCCCGCUUUUGAUAACCCAGGAUAUCCAUCCGUCUGAUCAUGUGAUCAUUAUGACUGCUCUGCCCAGAGGCCUGUGUGGCUGUAGUGUGUGUUGACCGUCUCUGGUCUCUCUGUAGGAGCUGGAGCUGUGCCGCAGGCUCUAUAAGCUGCACUUCCAGCUGCUGCUGCUCUUCCAGGCCUACUGUAAGCUCAUCAGUCGUGUGGACACCAUCAAGAGAGAAGCAGAGGUGAGGCUGGGGGGUUUACACCCAAACACUUUACUCAACAGGGUAUGGGUAGUGGAACAUUAAAGGUGGGUGGUUUUAGAAGAGUCUGUGGUAAUAGGAAUCAGUUUAGGUCAUUUAUUUAGAUGACAAGCCUAAAAGAAACAUUGGCUAGUCACCCACUCAAGCAAGCUUGGAGCCUUUCGGGUCACACCCAUCAUCCCGUGUGUGUGAGGUCAACAAAGGGAUGGAGAUGGUGGGUUGUUAUUUUACUUUCCCUUCCCCAGGUUGGUUCAGGAAAGCAUGAGAGACACGGAGGCCGCCUGCAUUUCUCACAUCUUCCCUGACAGGGAAACAAACAGUGACAAUACACACGCUAAAUUAAAUGCAUUUCCUGUACAUAUCACACACAUGCUCAUGCGUUUUGGAAUUUAAGAUUCUGUAACAUCAAUAGUCGUUCUGUAAAGUCAUGAGCCGCUAUUGUAAAUGACUAUGCACAAAUGUGCCCUUAAGAUAAGAUGUUAACAUUCUAAAAUAUGUAUUUUUCUAGCUCUCUCUCACACACACCAUUUUGCAGACCAGACAGCCUGCCUGUCCCUAUCUGGAUGUUCUGCUGCGGUCUAGCCCUGCUGUCUUAUGGAUUUUUACUGGAGUUUAAUCUCAUUAAAUCCCUGAAUGAGAUUGACUUGUUUCUCACAUAGAGAGGGCCAGCUAUUCCAGUUAAUCACACGUCAAUACUAACUGCAUUACUGCACAAACACACAUGUGAGAUUAUCUCUGCGGUUAUCUGACCUUCGGGUGUGUGUGUCUCCAAGGUGACCAACAUGUCAGAGGAGCUGGCCAUCCUGGAGAGCUGUUUGAAGCAGGCGGAGUCUGGGGUUGAUGGACAGAAGGAUGUGGGCGUGUCUGCUGCCUCCCAGACCAGCACUGAGACGGCCAUCCAAUCACUGAUCGAGACCCUGAGGGCCAGAGACUUCGGCUCUGCCCUCACACAGGUCAAAACCUUCAGGUAAAGAAACAACAUAUCUUCUAUCCCACAGCUAUUCCUCAAUGUAUAGACUACACAGGCUUGUCAUGUGUCUAGUCUACAGACCUGUAUCUACUCUUAAACCUCAGCGCUGAUGCCCUUCUCCUCCUCUCUCCACUAGGUCUCUGUGGCCUAACGACAUCUUUGGGAACGAGUCCGACGACGCGGUCCAGACUCUCCUGCACAUCUACUUCCGUCAGCAGACGCUGGGCCAGACGGGCUGCCUGGCCGUGGUGGGACCCAGCAGGGACCUGUCCCAGGCCAACGGGCGCCUCAUGGAGCUCAACCUGCAGAUCAGAGAGGCUCUGAGCAAGGCCCAGGCCAGCCAGACCCCCCAGACCACCGUGGUCAGCACUGGACUGUAAGCCUUCAGGCCAAAAGCCUGGACUUGACUGGUCUGGACUAGACUAGAGUAACCCCCCCCCCCAUGUACCACUCACAGCUCCCAUCUGCUCUGGAGGCUGGGGAGACGGUGAGGUAUGUCAGGGGAGGACAGAACAGACUCCACCUAUAAGGGCUAAAGGAUGUGUGGGGAAAAACUGACUCAUAUUAAUAUAUAUUACAUAUAUCAAAUACUUAAAGCUAAUAUCUGUUUUCCCAGAAUAAGCCAACUUGCAAAAUUCAGCUGCAAUAAGUAAUGUGGUAUUAUGUGACUGGUGACGACUGGCCCGGGAGUGAGGAGGAGGGAGGUAAGGGGGAUGAUGAUGCUAAACUGAAGCGUUUUGGCGGAAGUGACCUGAUGGGCCUCCCAUAUUGGCCAGUGGCCGCCUCAGCCCCUUUCAGGAGACUGGUUGGGGCCUGGGGUUUGGUCAGGAAGACGAUGUGGUGUUGUGUUCUCGUAGCAGUAGAGUUGGAGCAUGGGAGACUUAGUCAUUCCGGAAGGAAACCGGAUGGAUGUGUGAGAGGACAGGCAGUCCCUGUCAGGAUUCAUAAACACACAAAAAUAAAGAAUUUUCAAAAGCAUGCUUGAAAGAGAAAAGCACUGCAAGAAUAUUUUUUUGAGAAAUGUACUAUUUUUUAUUAGAGCUAACAUCCUAGGUUGUAAAUGUAAGGAUAUUUAACAUGAAAUUGUAACCCUAGGGGAGCUGUUCCCCACAGGGACUGUAAAAAUAUAAAUGUAUCUGUUUAUUGACUUGCAUUGGAGACGAGCAUCAUCUUCAACAGGUCUUCUAAUGAAACUCACUCUGUAACCAAAUAAGUAGCUGCCUGUAGAGACUUUAGGCUGUGUGGUAUAUAUUGGAUAUUCUUGUAUACGGUUGCGCACACACACACAUGCAUAUAAUUGCACAGAGGUGCAGACAUGCUACAACUCAUUAUGGAAACAUCAAUAACUUAUUUUACUCUGUAUAUAUUUUAGAAAAUGUAUAGUGUAAAACCAGUAUUUUUUCCUUGUACUUUUGUGUAAUGCACUGUUAAUCUGAAUAAGAUGUAUGAAGCUAAUGCGAGAAGAGAAAACCGAGAGCAGAUAUUGAGUAACUAAUGACCCGCGCCACUAUUAUAAUCCUUUCACACAAACUUUAAAAUUCCCCAGACUGGCCUGCCUGUUGGGAGUCACAGUCCAUGUGCUUAGAGGUCAGAGGUCAUUGGAACUGGUUAAAGGCGCUAGCUAGUGUAGAUUCUGCUUCCCGUUGGACCAGCCCAGCCAAGCCCAGUCAUAUGCAUUCCUUCUCUCCACUGUGAUCUCCAUGUUGGCCCUGUACCCCAGCACAGGCCACGCUAAAAAGCCUUAUGAGGGGAAACUGAGGCCGGUGUACGUCCAUGUUCGCUGAUCCCAGCGGCGCACAGCUGCACUGAUGGUGUGCCAUGGCCCUGUGUUCUGAGGGGUAACUGCUGCCAUUAAAGCUCUGCUUUUGCUUCUGAAAAGGCACUGCUUGCUGCCUCCCGAAUUGCAGGACAUUAACUUGAUGUCUGAAAGUGUUGCAGGAAACUUGUCAUGGCACAUUGUAAACGAUCACUGUACUCAUUCCUCUCAGAGAGAAUUUGUCUGUUGCAUUUGAAUGCUGUUCUUAAUUAUUUAAUGGAUAUAUUAUUUACCUGGAAAAUAUAGUUUUUAUGUAGAGGUGCAUUACCGGAAUACUUUAUCCUUUUUGUUUCUUUUAGUUUUUUUUGUCAUCUCACAUACCAGCCUUCUCCUCUCUGGAUAAAUAAAAACCUGAUCAUAUACAUUUCUCAGUCAUUGUUUUCAGACUAUAUUGUUAGGGUUAUGUUUAACCAUGGAGGGCUACACUAUCCACAUGUACUGACCAUUGACACCAGCACAUUUGGGUGAGAAGCCAACAGACUGAGUAGUAAGUUGUACCGUAACAGGCUACAUUCAGUACAUUGGCAGCAGAGUUUAAAGCUAGAACCAUGCUACAGAGCUCUGAGCUCAAGUAAACUCGCACUCCUCAGCAAUGGGUUUAUAAUGGCUGGUAAGUCGGGCAUAAAGAGCCUCUGACGUCACUACAGUCAUGUCUAGUUAGCUCUCCUGGAGUUACCCAGAAUUCACAGGCACGGCUAGUCAGUUCUCUACAACCAAAGACGAUGCUUUAGUUCCAAUUCAAGAGACCAUUGUAAAUUCAGGCAAUCUCAGGAAGCCCUAGUUUGACUUGGUAUUCUCAGGUAAUGGCAGACAUUCUACUAUAAGCUUGCACCACUGACUGUCACAUGCAUAGUUAUAAUCUGUGAUUAGCGUCUAUCCCACUUUACUGACAUGUGCGCACCACUGGACAGCAAGUACAUUUCUAAAUUACUAUUGCCCGUAGCACAUCUGUAGCCAUGAAAUGCUUUUAAAGGCUGAUCGUGGCUCAACACAAUCAUCCCAGACACCCUGGACCCACUCCAAUUCACAUACCGCCCCAACAGAUGUCGCACUCCACACUGCCAUCUCCACCUGAACCAGAGGAACACCUAUGCUGUUCAUUGACUACAGCUCAGCGUUCAACACCAUAGUGCCCUUCAAGCUCACCUCUAAGCUCAGGAGCCUGGACUGACACCUCCCUCUGCAACUGGAUCCUGGCUUCUUUGACCCGGCUUCCAGGUGUGAGGUAGGCAACAACGCAUCCGUCACGCUGAUCCUCAACACGGGGGCGUGCUUAGUCCCCUUCCGUACUCCCUGUUCACCCACGACUAAAACAUCAAGUUUGCUGACGACACGAAUGGUGGUAGGCCUGAUCCCGACGACGCAGACAGCCUAUAGGAUGUCAUAACCUGGCGUUGGUGCCAGGACAACCCUCCCCUCGGGGACUCAGAAAUGGAGGCCGGUACACACCCACAUUCACCAGGGCUGUAGUGGAGUGUGUCGCACAUCCCUAAGGAUCUAUCAUGUCCACUACACACAAACAGUCGUGAAGAGGGCACGACAACACCUCUUUCCCUUCAGGAGGCUGAAAAGAUUUGGUAUGGGACCUCAGAUCCUCAAAGUUCUACAGCUUUACCACUGAGAGCAUAUUGACUGGCUGCAUGACCGCUUGGUUUGGCAACUGCUUGACAUCCAACCGCAAGGCACUACAGAGGGUAGUGCGUACAGCACAGUACAUCACUACCUUCCAUAUCAACUCCAUAUUAAUGCCCAUGAUUUUGGAAUGAGCCGUUCGAUGAGCAGGUGUCCACAUACUUUGUCAUGUAGUGCAUCUUCCUCAAUUACCUCGUACCCCUGCACAUCGACUCAGUACUGGUACAGUGUAUAAGCAAAGUUAUCAUUACACAUUGUAUAUUUAUUAUAAACUGGGUGGUUCGAGCCCUGAAUGCUGAUUGGCUGACAGCUGUGGUAUAUCAGACCUUAAACCAUGGGUAUGACAAAACAUUUAUUUUUACUGCUCUAAUUAUGUUGGUAAGCAGUUUAUAAUAGCAAUAAGGCACCUCAUGGGUUUGUGGUAUAUGGCCAAUAUUUGGUAUUUUAUGAGGAUCCCCAUUAGCUGUUGCAAAAGCAGCAGCUACUCUUCCUGCGGUCCACAUGAAACAUUACAUAAUACAGAACAUUAAUAGACAAGAACAUCAAGGACAGAACUACAUUUUUUUUUUAAGGCACACAUAGCCUACAUAUCAAUACAUACACAAACUAUCUACAUCAAAUAAGGGAGAGGGGUUGUGCCAUGAGGUGUUGCUUUAUGGUUUUUUUAAAACCAGGUUUGCUGUUUAUUUGAGCAAUAUGAGAUGGAACGGAGUUCCAUGCAAUAAUGGCUCUAUAUAAUACUGGACACUUUCUUGAAUUUGGGGACUGAAAAGACCCCUGGUGGCAUGUCUGGUGGGGUAAGUGUGUCAGAGCUGUGUGCAAGUUGACUAUGCAAACAAUUUGGGAUUUUCAACACAUUGUUUCUUAUAGAAAAGUAGUGAUGCAGUCAGUCUCUCCUCAACUCUUAGCCAAGAGAGACUGGCAUGCAUAGUAUUUCCGUCAGCCCUCUGAUUACAAUAAAGAGCAAGACGUGCCGCUCUGUUCGGUGCCAGCUUAACUAGAUCUUUCCUUGCAGCACUCGACCCACAACUGGACAAUAAUCAAGAUUAGACAAAACUAGAGCCUGCGGAACUUGCUUUUGAGUGUGGUGUCAAAAACGUAGCAGUUACAGACAGACCUCUCCAUCUUUACAACCAUUGAAUCUAUAUGUUUUGACCAUGGCGGUGUUACCUUAGAUUGUAAUCUAAGUAAUUUAGCCUCAGCUUGUUCAACAGCCACACCAUUCUCAGAUUCAGCUGAGGUCUAGAACUUAGGGAAUGAUUUGUACCAAAUACAAUGCUCUUAGUUUUAGAAAUGUUCAGGACCAGUUUAUUACUGGCAACCCAUUCCAAAACAGACUGCAACUCUUUAAGGGUUUCAGUGACUUCCUUAGCUGUGGUUGUUGAUGCGUAUAUGGUUGAAUCAUCAGCAUACAUGGACACACACUUUGUUUAAUGCCAGUUCAUUGGUAAAAAUAGAAAUGAGUAGAGCUGCCCUGCGGUACACCACAUUUUACAUGUUUGACAUUAGAGAAGCUUCCAUUAAAGAAAACCCUUUGAGUUCUAUUAGAUAGAUAGCACUGAAUCCACGAUAUGGCGGAGGUUGAAAAGCAGGUUGUGGUCAAUAAUAUCAAAGGCUGAUAUCUAACAGUACGGCUCCCACAAUCUUAUCAAUUUCUUUCAAACAAUCAGUCAUUUGUGUCAGUGCAGUACAUGUUGAGUGCCCUUCUCUAUUCCCAUAAUACCUGGGAUAGGAUAAAGUAAUCCUUCUACCCCCCCCCCUUAAUAAAAAAAAUAAAAAAAUAAAUAAAAAAUUGGUAUAGUGGCUAACCCACUGGCUAUAGGGUGAAUGCACCAAUUUGUAAGUCGCUCUGGAUAAGAGCAUCUGCUAAAUGACGUAAAUGUAAAUGUAAAUGUAUAAGCAUGCUGAAAGUCUUCAUUUAUUUACAGAGAAAUUGUAUUUGGUCAUAUACCAUGGCUAAGGACUGUUUCCAGGCACUCCGCGUUGCGCAUAGGAACAGCCCUUAGCCGUGGUAUAUUGGCCAUAUACUGUACCACACCUCUUCGGGCCUUAUUGCUUCAUCACAUUAUUUCUCCAUUUUCUUUCCUUUUGCAUUGCUGGGAAGGGCCUGUAAGUAAGCAUUUCACUGUUAGUCUACAGCAGUUUACAAAGCAUGUGACAAUUUGUUUGAGUAUGAAGUCAGGUCAGUUAUCCUAGACACUGGGUGAGGGAGGAGAAGAAUACCAGAGAUUGUAGACUGCUGGGUAUUGCCAUUUUAUUUAACAUUAAGUAGUGUUUUCCUGCAAUCACCUUCAUAACGCAAAUAAAGGCAACAGAACAGAAAAGAAAAAUCUCAAAAGUAUUAGGGGGGGGGGGGGGGGUGAAAGUUAAUGUGCAGGUUCCUGCUAGAUUAUGUAUUUGAAACUGAAGGUGAGGUCACAGGAUAGCCUCUUGCCCUUGCACCGGCCACACAGAUCCUGUCUGUGGGGGCGUUUGGGGUCAACGUGACGCGGGGUCACUUGGCACACGCAGCGUGCCUUGUUGCAAGUCUGUGGAGACAGAGUGGACAUAGGUAAGUGGAGGACCCAAGUCUAUAGUGUCAAGUCAUGGUUUGUAUGUCAGUUUAACAAUGUAGAGUAGUACAGAAGCCUAGAUUCUUACCUGGCAGGUGAUGUCCUCAACACGGUAGGGAUUGAAGGACUUCUGGCAUGUUCUACAGAACUGCUUGAAGUACACCUGUAACAGACCUGAUUAGAGGCACUACCAGAUUAGUAACACGCAUACUUCACAGAGUGAAUAGACCAGCGUACUGUACCUUGCUCGUUCCUUGGACGCACCAAACGUAUGCACUCUCCCAACGCAGGUUGCAGUCUCUGCAGUGAUAGUACCCAUACUUCUGCUCCAGAAACUAGGGAUGGCAUAGAGUACCACAGUAGGUGUCAUAAUACCCAUACAACCUAGCAGUCAAACAGGGAAAUUGUGCCAGUCAUUUUUCCACUAUUCAUUUUUCCCCAUAGGGGAUUUUAGAAACACUUAAAAUAAGGGCUGUAUUUCGUGUAGGCUUACCAUGGCUUGACAUUUUGAUAACCGUGUAAAUCUCUAGGACAAUGACUUCAUAUAUUCACCCCCAAAAAUGAAACGCUACUUAGCUGCUAAUGUGGCUAUCAUAAAGAACUACAAAAUGCCAUGAUCUGGGCGAGACUGCUGAACCGAGGGAAAGGUAAGAAUCUCUGGAUUAACUAUCUAAUGGUAGCCAAAUGUAGUAAUUAAUAAAUUGGCUAAAUUGCUUUAAAAAUGUAAAAUUCUGUGAACUGUCUUGUGCAAGUUUUAAAUUGACACAAUACCUGUUAGCAAAGGUGUCAGCUAGAGAAGACUUGCAGGGAGUUGUAGUUUUGAAUGAUGUCUACUUUGAUGCUAAUUAGCAUUUUCGAAUCAGAAAAUAGAGCGAAUAUUGAUAAGUCAACUUGCCAAGAGAGAUUUACAUGGUUAUCUAAACGUCACGCCUGGGUAUGCUUACAUGAAACACAACAUUUAUUUGAAAUCUUUCUAAAAUCCCCUAUGGGAAAAAUGACUGGUGUAAAAAGUCCAGUUAGAAUGAGAAUACCAUAUCGUUCGAUCUAAACUUUGACAACGAUGUUCUACACAGCUUCCACCUAUAAAUUACUCAUGUCAAUCUAAAAAAAGUGGGUGGGUCUGUUUCAGCCAGGUUGACUAUUCUAAAUAUGUGAGAGCAUGGGGCUCACCUGAAACCUCACGCGGGCCUUGACUUUCAAACCAUCCUGAUUGGCUUUGACGUCCUCGGUCGUAACUGACUGGUCAGUAUUACUAGCUUUUGUACAUGGCUCAGUAUUUUCGUAUUUUGCCUGUUCGGUUUUUUCCUCAGACUUCUCACCUUUAUUCUUUUUCCCGAUCUUCACGGUUUCAGGUGGGUCACCUGUCCGUGCUUGACUCGUCUCCACUUUGUCAUCUUCUAGAAAGGAUGCAAGUCUCCUAGACGCGAUAGGUGAGUAGACUGCCAGUGUGCGAGGGUAGCGCACGCCUCCCACAAAGCUCCCUGGACUGCCGGGUGUCUGGGACUCCUCUUGUCUACUCUUGCGCAAAGCGUCUCGCUUUCUGGCCAUGAGGGUCCGUGGGCCGAGGGAACACUGCACAGAAACAUCCUUUUUCGGAUUGACUUGCACCGCGACAUCUUUGGUGUUUGCUUUCCGUAGCCUCGGUGUAAGAUUGGGGUUUAUUUGGGAUAAGAGGAAUUUAAGUUGCGCGCGAUGGUGGUUAUCAAAGUAGGCCUCUGUAUUCGCAUAGCUGGCUAAAUAAGGUUUGUUUCUCCAGCCGGCACCUCUUGGUUUGGGAUACCUGCCAGAGUAAGGGUUGUAAGAUGAAUAGAAAUAGCUGUCGAUUGACUCAUCUAAAUAUGUAGUCAUUUUUGCUAAGCCAACUCGGGUUAUUUGGUUGACCAAUUUAAAUAGAUUGAAGACACGAUUUCAUUAAUUGUAGUCAGGUGUGGCAGUCCUAAUUGGCCUCAAAAACCAAUCACUCUGAAGUCGCAAAUAACAUGAAACGCAGCAAGAUGACAGAAUGCAGGAGUGUCAGUAGAUUUUUUUUUUUCAAAUCAAUUUUAAUAUACAUUGAUAAACAUAUACACAGUUGUACAUUUUACAGACUGUUUGUCAUCGUACUAAUGGUGAUAUGGAGUAGUUAUAUUAGGCUUUGUUGAUGGAUUGUACUGCAUUAUUUGUCUCUUCUUGAACUGAAACCAUAGGCACCAAAAGAACCAAAAACAAGUGGACUUGAACUUGAACACUUGCUUUGAAUGCAAAAUAAUAAUUGACAAUGUUUAGUCAUGUAGAUCAGAUGAUUAUGUUAGACUUUACAAGCAAGUGAGAUGAUGACACCUUUGUGAAACAAUGUUGUCCUGCAUCUGUGAUGUGAGAGUGGAUGAAUUUAGAGAUUAUUUUUGAUGAUUUCCAUUUUCACAGCAAUUUUCUUUCAUACACAAUAUGUUGAAGUAAGCUCAGAUAUACUAGCAUUUUUUACUUAAACAAACCUGUUCAUAUUUUUUUCAUGGUCAUACGGCUUAUGCUUGCUUCAAUUAUAUUUUGUAACUUUCUCUCCCUCCAUAAUAUUUUGAUUCUUCUGUCCUGUCAUGAGACAUGUACACACCCAUAGGGUUGCUGCCCUGCAGUCAAAGGUUGCUGACAUGAAAAUUAUUUUUGAUAGCGAUGUCAUGAGCAGACCUGAAUGUCAUUAUGUAUGCACCACAUCACCCACGGUGGGUCAUCAUUGUCUCAUGCACACUAAACAGGAGUAGCAUCAGGACAAGGCUCUAACAUGAUGAGAUUUGGGUCACUUGUGGUCACCGCCCCGUAAGAAGUGUCAAAGCCCAUAUCUUCAUCUUCAAACCUAUUAUAUCCAAUAUCCCCAUUGUCCCCCAGUGGGUUUGUGUCUGGUUUGUGUAGAACCUCUUUCCUGUACAUCUGAUAGGCCAGGAUGAAGAUGCCAGCCUCGGCUGCCUGGAAGAGGGCGUAGAGUAGAGGGAACAUAUACAUGCCCCCCAUCAGCUGUGGUGGGAAGGCCAUCUUCAGGAUGGCUGUGCAGAGCUGCACGUUCUGGCACCCGGUCUCCAGGGACACAGUCCUGCGGACGUUGGGCGGGAGAUCAAAGAGGGUGGCCAGGCCGUAG